CGUCACUUCCGGCAGCGCGUCACUUGUGGCAGCUUUAAAGUGGUGCCAGGAUACUACUAAUGGUCCGAUCCGAGGGCCCGGGCGGGUGAAUGAGGGGCCAGUAAGGAUCCUGUGCAGCAUAGGCCUACACUACAUUAUAUUAUAUUAAUAUUAUAUUUAUAUUACGUUAUGUUAAUGUUAGGCUGGUGCUGAUGUAUUAUUACCUGCUCUAUACUCUACCUGCAACUCCUGUCACCCCCCUGCAGCCCCUGACACCCACUGCAACCCUUACACCGCCUCCCCCUCGCAGCCCCACUGGGGGAUAGUGGAGAGUAGGGGCUGAUGUGUGGGGAUAGGAGCAACCCCAACUCCCAAUUCAACUCUUACCCCCCUGAAUACCCUAACCCCACACCAUAGCCCCUAUUCACCCCAAUGGGUUAAAAUAGGGAGUAAGGAUGUCGUUGGGGUUGCUCCCCCACAUUAGCCCCUACUCUCCACUAUCCCCCAGUAGGGGUGCGAGGGAAAGCAGGUGUAAGAGUUGCAGUGAUGGUUUGGGUUUAUUUUUGGAGGGAACCCCCUUGCACAUCUCACAGAGCACCACAUCACUAAGUCUUUUAUUUCUGCCACCUUAUAUAUUCCUCCCCUCCUAUGACACCCAUCUUGCCACUAAUCCCUUUGCUUUCCACUAUCACCCAUCUCCCCUCUCUCUUCAUAUUACUCCUCCCAUCUCUCUCACUCCAUACUCGUAUCAGCCCAAAUCCAUCCUUUCCUACCUGUCCCCCUUCCCAUCACUCCCACCCAUCCCUUCCUCUCCCCCCACACUCCUAUCCCUGCCACUCAGCUAUAUCUCCCUUUUUCUCCUAUCACUCCCACCCAUGUCUUCCUCUCUCCUUAUCCUAUUAUCACUCACUUUCAUCCCUUCUUCUGUGUUUCAUCCUCAUAUUACUCGCACUCAUCCCUUCCUUUCACCCCACCCUUUCCUCCUCUAUCCUUCUCAAUCCAUCCUCCUCCUACUACAAACCUAUGUCUUUUUCUCUUUUAAUCAUACUACACCCAUCCACCUUUCCCUCUUACAAUGUCUCCCAGCUAUCUCUCCCUUACUCCUAUAAUUUAGGAUACAUCUCUAUCUUCCGAUCACUACCACCCUCCUCAACUUGCUAUCACUCCAACUCAUAACUCCUGCACAACCUCCUAUCAACCCCCAACCAUUCCUUCCAUCCCCACUCUUCUCACAACCACACGUAAUAUUAUUUCCCCAUUUUAAUAACUCUGAUCCCAGCUUCCCCACCCACUUACAGCACACUCAUCUGCCCACACACAGAAAUACUGUUCACUCACAGCUACCCACACACAUCACUCAUAUCUACCAACACGUCAUUUACUGCCAUUCAUAUCACUAAAACCCACCCAAACAUAUCCCUCUCAUAUACUCGCACACAGCCACGUAUAUGACACACAGCCACCCCACACCUAGGAAAGAAAAGUACCCAUCACACACAGGCUUCUAAAAUAUAUUUCUUGGUGUACACCCUAAUGAAAUGUGCUGCGCAUGCCUAUGGUGUGCACGCUGUGUUUGCUGUCUGUCAAUGUCUGAAUGCUGUCAUGUUUACUGUCUCUCCCCUUGUAAACAAAACCUUUAUGAAGUCUUUCUGUCUCCUCUCAGACUGGAGCCAGAUCCCAAGGAUCCUUGUACUGUACAACAUGAGAACCAACAAAGUGUACAAGCUUGUCAUCCACAAGAAAGGCUUCGGGGGCAGCGGUAAAGGCACACUGCUCAUUCUCUGUGUAUAGCUAACUAUAGCUCUCCCUUCGGCACCAUCCUCUGGUGAUGUCAUUCCCACUCACUGGAGGGGGAGGACAUCCUAUAGGACAGACUGAGGGGAAGACUUAGGUGGCAUUGCAUGCUGUCUACAGACGCCCAGUACAGAGAUACUAUAAGGUUAUAAGGUAACAGUGUUCUCGUAAAGGAGAACACCGGAAGGAGGGUAUGUAGGUGCCCAAAUAGACCCAUGUUAGGUGGUGGACUGUACUAUAGUGGAUUGGCAAAUUACACCGGGCCUCUAGUGGCUUGAGGGCUGUAGUGUUUAUGGUGCUUUGAGUUUUACAUUAAGUGUAGUAUUUACAUCUAACCCUACCUGUAACCAUAAAAUCUCACAAUUCUAACUUGGUUCAUUAAGCUCCUGGAGCUAAGCAUCCUUCUUCAGCUAUUAUUAUACUAUGUUCUCCAGAGGUCAAGUUACUGGAGUAAUCCACUUGAACAUGACACUGCAAUGAACACUUACAGUGCUAUUUACUAAGUGAGAAUUGUAAGGAAUUCAAAGUGACCUUGACAUUUAAGGCAAAAUGGAAGCUUAGGUGACUUGGAGAUUUUUUUUCAGUAAGGCUACUUUUUUACUUAAGUGUGAUAUUCACUUUGACUUCCUGGCAAUUCUCACUUUAGCAAAUAACCCUGACAGGGUAUUUUUCAACUAACAAUGAAUUGUAAUGAAUUGAAAACUAAAUUGCAAAAUAUUGGUGACAAUUCUCCAAUUUUGCCACAGUUUAAAUUUUGCAGUUCACUUUUCAGUUUGGUGUGACUUGCAGAUAUGUGAUCACCUUGCGGAAUAGAUAAAUGGAUUUGUUCAAUAUGCAAUGGGGUAUGGUGAGAAGCGUGAGAAAUAGUCCUAUGGAGCAAUUGGGGGGACACCAAAAAUUCACCAGGCUUGAAUCAUUUAUUUCAUCUUUGGUGUUGAAGUGUAAAGUUUGUAAGUAAGUUGUCAACUCUGCACAACAAACUUUUUUAGUGCCCAUAGUUCCUUCUUACAACUAAGAAUAGGGCAUCUUGGAAUGUGCAUUACUAUGUUAAAUUAUAUAAAUAACAAUAAAAGGACACAAUCCUAGUAUGUGCCAAGCUUCUUUUUCUUUCUUUAUAACCAAAUGUUAUUUAUUUUUUAUAUAUGUCCCAUUCUCUUUCCAGAAGAUGAACUGGUUAUCAAUUCAAAGGUUUUCCCUUCAAUUAAGCUUGGGGACAUAGUAGAGAUUGCUCAUCCCAAUGAUGAGUACAGGUAAGACAAAAUAUUCUACAAAUUGGGACUUGCUUUUUACUGAUCUUGCACAAAGUUCUUCAUACUAUAUUACUGCAGGCCUGUAUCUUUCAACAUUAUAUAUUUAAAGGGACAUUAUGGGCACCCAGAACUCCGAACACUUCAGCUCAUUGAAGUGGACUGGGUGCUGUGUCCCUUUUGCACCUAGUGCUGCAAUGUUAAACAUUGCAGUUCCAGAGAAACUGCAAUGUUUACAUUGCAGCUCUAAGUCUGCCCUCAGUGGCUGUCUACCAGACAGAUUCUAGAGGGCCUCCUGAAUUGAAAUUGACCUUUGGUCCCAUAUCUGAUGCUGGACGUUCUCACGCUCUGCACGAGGACCUCCAGCGUCAGUUUUUUUUCCCCAUAGGAAAGCAUUGAUUCAAUGCUUUCCUAUGGGGAGGUCUAAUGCACGCACAGCGUUUGCUGCGCAUGUGUAUUAGAGCCCUUUUGGUGCGGGACAUUGGAGGGGACGGAGCGUUGGCCCAGCACAGAGGGACAGGUUUGUAUUCCUGGCACUAUAGUAUCUCUUUAACAGCUCAGGAUGAUUGAUCUAUGAGGUGAAAAUAAGCAAUCUUCAACUGUGUGUUUCAUACCACAUUCAUGUGCAUAAUGUUGUCAGUUUAAAUAACGUUUUAGUUUUAAACAAUUCCUAGGUGGAAUUAAUUUAUCACUGUUGUUCUGUAUGUGAAUCUGACUUGCCAUCAUUGAUCUUGUUGUGAUUUUAUUGGUGUAAUAAUAUGUUCUUAUCUAUUUUGAUUCCAGGCUGAAGUCUAGCUUACACAUCUUAGUACAUCAGCCAUUUUACGUACCCUUCAAUGUGGUUUCAUUGUUGGUCUACCAAGAGAGAAUUAGCAUUUCUAAUAUGAGCAAUUCACAGUCCCCAAUGUUUUACUUCUUUGUCAAUAUUUUGUAAACAUAAUUGUUGUUCUUGAAGUUGACAUUUAUUGUCUGGUUGCCAACAUGUUGCCGAGCCUAUGACUUUACAGGUUUUCUUUAACAUCCGUUGUGAUAACUAGAUUACAUAAAAUGUAUGAAAACACAAAUUAUGAAAUCAGAGCAAUAACCUUGACAUUUAAUCAUCACACAUUUUGUAUAGUAAUGAAAACUCGUUGAUGCAGUAGUAGUGGAAGCUGUGUGCGAUACUUUGCGGACCCUUGGUCAGAAGUCAAUUUGUUAUAAAGCGGUUUGAAUUCUUAUAGUGGAGGGGUGCCAGGGCACUCUUGGAACCAUAAACACAACAGCACUCUGUAGUAGUUCCUUGGAGUGUUUUUUUUUUUUUAAAAAGUAAAUUUGUAACUCCACAUUGAAAGUCUAUUGUGUUUUGAAAAAUUACAGGUGUCUGCUUUCAGCCCAAGAACUCCAAAUUAGUAUUUGAUACUGUCGGGUGAGGGCAGACUUGAUUUUUUUUCUUUGUGUGGUUUGUGUUAGUUGUAUAUAAAUUAAUCCUAUUUUAUCUCCUUGCAGUCCUCUUCUUUUGCAGGUGAAAUCUUUGAAGGAAGAUUUACAGAAAGGUACAGUGCGUUCCCUUGUAGCUUUCUUGCAAACAUAUCAUUUCCCAUCCAUUCGUUCAUGUUCUCUGAAGUGGGUAAUGUUUGUGCUUUCUGCUUACAGAGACUGUCAGCAUUGACCAGACUGUUGCUCAGGUUUUUCGACUUCGUCCAUAUCAGGAUGUAUACGUCAACGUUGUUGACCCAAAAGUGAGUCUAUCAUCCUUUCGCACAUAAUUCUCUCCCCCGAGAACCUUGAUUGCACAUUAGCCCACAAUAUAAAUCUAACUCAUGUCCUAUGUGAAAUCUCAGAGGAAAGAGAUCUUUAGGACAUCUACACAAUGGAUCUCAAACUCUGGCCUCACAUAUGUUGAUGAUCUGCAACUCCCAAAAUGAUUUGGAUUUAUAUGUGUUUGUAUAUAUGUAUACACAGUGCUUGUUAAUCACAAGCCUUUAUUAAUUUUAAUUUGUACAUAACUUUUCAUUUUGGCACUGUAUUCCAGGAUGUGACACUUGACCUUGUAGAACUGACCUUUAAGGACCAGUAUAUAGGGCGUGGGGAUAUGUGGAGACUGAAGAAAAGUUUGGUGAGUUCAAUCAGGAAAUAUUUGGUACACAUUUGCCCCUCUGCCUACACCCCUCCCAUCCCCAAGUCUCAAAUCUCACAUCCACUAGAAGGAAACAGAAAUCCCAUUUUAUAGUAGUAGCCCACACUGUAUACAUGCAACACAUGCAUCAUGUACCCGCUUGCUAGGAAUUGAGGGAUAAUGCAAGUGUUAUUUGAGAAUGGGGUCACUGUGAAUCCCACUCCUUAAAUUCCAGGAUGUCAUAUUGUAAGAGGAGAAGUGAUCUUUAGGUAUGUAUACAUUUUAAUUAAUGCAUGCAUUGGUAAUGUCACCAGUGCACUCAGGAUUAUUCACUAAAGUCUGAAUGCCCCAGUCUGGAUUAGCAAAAAAAAAAUUUGGUACCAUUUAGGGCUUAAGAAUGCCAAAAUCCCCAAAAAUAGAUGGGAAAAUGGAGGAGACUUUGGGAUCUAUAAACAGUGAAGUAUUUGUAUUCUGUUUUCACGUGCAAUCAUCUAAGAAAAUUCCUCUCCCUGCAAUUUACAGGUCAGUUCCUGUGCUUAUAUAACUCAGAAAGUGGAGUAUGCUGGAAUUCGGUAAGUACUUGCUAAACAGGUUUGCCUGUCCCCCUGUAUCUUCUUUACUAUAUCAAGAUGGAUAUUCAUCAACCGGCGUAGAUUAGAUCUGAAGUUUAUUAAUUAAUUUAUUUGUCGACCAUUGAUAAGAGAGACUUGCCUUCAUUAUUGCAGAGCGCAAGCAGGAGAACUAUGGGUGAAGAGCGAGAAAGUGACCUGUGGGUACAUCAGUGAGGACACACGAGUAUGUGGACAUUAUUUUCCUUUCAUGUCAUGUUUCUGAUUACUCCUUCAGUUUGUGCCUGUGUUACCAUUUUCAUUAGAUUAUAUGGAUAUAUUUCUUAUAUUGUUUUGUUUCUUCUUGCAGGUAGUGUUUCGAUCUACCUCUGCCAUGGUGUAUAUAUUCAUACAGAUGAGUUGUGAGAUGUGGGAUUUCGAUAUUUAUGGUAAUAUGUUACAUGGGCAAAUAUUGUAAAGUUGACCAUGGCCUAUUUUCAAAAGUCAGCAGUCAUUAAAGGUCCUAAUCUAGAGUUUUAUUUACAACUUUGACAUACUACUUAGGUGACCUGUACUUUGAAAAGGCUGUGAAUGGAUUCCUAGCUGAUCUCUUUAACAAGUGGAAGGUAAAUUCUAUGUCACUCAUUGCUUCGUGUCAUUUCAACGCUGGAUACUUGUUUACACAGUGUUUUCCUCACUCAGGAGAAGAACUGCAGCCAUGAGAUUACAGUCGUGCUCUUCUCCAGAACAUAUUAUGAUGCUAAAUCUCUAGGUAUGUGUGUUACUAUACUAUAUGUCAGAUUGUGCUUCUUCUUACAUGAAAUUGUGUGCAUGCUGCUGCACACCUGAGUAAACUGUAAUUGUGCGAUAAAUCAUACUUUAAUUUCUCAUGUUAGUUGCUUGCCCAAUUACAAUUCAGAACAGAAUAAUCCACACCAGAAUGGAAUUUAUCCCUUUCUAUGUUAUUUUAGAAAUUGUCAACUGUGAAAAAAAUACAAAAUGAUCUCCAAUGCACAGCUAGAUUUACAUUCAUCUAUGGAGAGAUAUGCAGGCCCUGUCUUUGCAGAAACAAAAAAAAGCUGAAUUGCCAGGUCUUCUUUUGUAUUUCAAGUUCUUACACUUUAAAGGUACUGGCUUUAUGCCAAUAUCUUUGCUAGUCUACCAUCCGAUUUUAAAUGGGUUAAUGUACAGUUUGGCUUUAAUUGAAUCUGACUGCUUCUGUUAUACAAUGCCCUUACCUGACCAGUAAGUGGAAUUGUGUGAAUGCAAUCUGUUGCCCAUCCAAGUAACAAUGUUUUGUAUUUUAAUUGUUUGCACCUUCAUUUUCUAUUAGUUAUUAGUUGUUUUCUUUGAAUAACCAGUCUCAAGUCCCAGUAAGCAUGAACCACAUCAAUAGUGGUCUUUUUGCUUCCCAUUAUAUGUUCUAGCAGCAUGUUCUUUUCAUUAGAAUAGAGGUAAUUAAUGAUAUUUGGAUGAAGCCGUCUUCCUCUUUCUGUAUGGAGAAUAUCCAGCAAUUCUGAUUUUUAUUUUUAGUAUUUCAGAAAUUAGUCUCGAAAUAUACACACAGUUUUGUUUAGUAAAUUUAAAACUUUUGUGUUCAAUCUUUUGAAAUAAAAUUAGUUCUCACUAGAGAUCUUAAAUGUUCCCCAAGCCUUUGGACUAUAUAAUCAAGAUGGAGUUUUUCUAAAAAAAAUUAUUUCUUUAAAGGCAUUUCUUUUAUGCAUGUGGGGAUAGAGGUAAAUUAGGUAUAAUGAGUAAUAGUUGGAAUAUCAAUGUGCGGUCCUGAAAUGAAAAGGAUUUUCUAAUUGUUAUUACUAAUGCUUUUUACUGUAUGUUUACUGUAUGCUCACUCUCUGGACUCUUCCUUUACACUUUUGCUUCCUACCAUCUCUUGUUCCAUUGCUUUCUGUGUUCUAGACGAUUUCCCGGAAGCUCAGCGCAGUAACUCCAUCACAGAGGAUCACAAGGGUCAAUUCUAUGAAGAUUUCUACAAGUGCGUAUGCUAAGAGUGGACAUAUCCAUCCUGCUUGACUAUACAGUUUUUGACUUGUUUUCAAUUUCUGUGUUUAGUUGAUCUUAUCGAACAAGAUACAAAAGUAAAAGAUCCACGCACAGUGUAGUAAAAUCAUUCUAAAGUGGCUACACGAAACAACUCAAAGUACUACAUUUGUAGUACUUGUUAAAAUAUGACUUUACAAAGUAAAACUCUAAUCACAGGGUUAAUACGUUAGUUUUUUUUUUUAAACUUCUCAAACUUUUCACACAGUGACUCUCUGUGUGAGAUCAAAGAUAUCUCUCUCGCCUUCAGAACAACGUGUAUGUGGGGAUACUGUUCUGUUUGUGAAAAUCCUGCAAAAAUGGUAAAUGGGGUUACUGUUAUAUUCAGGAGACAAUUUUAAAUAAAAAUACUGAUGUUUUAUUGCACUUACUAAUCUCAAGAUUAUGAAAUUUCCCGUGAAAAUAGAACAUGUGUGUAAAAAAAACACAAAUUAAAGUAUAAAUUGCUACAUGGGCACUGCAUGUCUGUUAAAGUGGCUAGAUCAAACAACUCAAACUAUGCCAUUUGGAAUACCCUGCGCUGACUGCUUUUAAAAAUACUAUACCAUCAUGGGUGUAAUUUUCUGUCCUGGGCUGCCAUACUUUCUCAAAAGUGACAUAUUGUCAAAAGUGACAAAUUUUCAAACUUACAAGCUGAAAAGGGCAUCUAAUAUAUUUGGCCCUGUGAGUUACCGAAACAAAUUAAAAUAAUGGUAUGUGGGGGUACUGUUAUAUUCAUGAAACAAUGUGUAAUCAAAAUACUGAGGCACUAUUGCAGUAACCCAUUUCAGGAAUAUGAAAUAUCCUGUGGAAAUUGAGUUAAUGUGUUUGAAAAAGCACAAAUAAAGCUAUAAUCGCUAUAUGGGUCCUGCAUUUCUGAUAAACUGGUUAGGCCAAACAUAUCAAUACACACCAUUUCGAAUUCUCUGUGUUGCCUACUUUUGAAAAUGGUAUGCCAUAAUAGUGGAAAUGUUUUUACCCAGGCUGCCAAACGCUCUCAAAGGCGACAUAGGCCCAGAAAAUCACUUUGCCAAAUUUCAGUGUGUGAAAACAUAAGUCGAUAAGGCUUAUAUUAGACCCUAUAAUUUUCCAAAACCACAUAAAACUUAUACAUAGGGAGUACCAUUGCACAGGUGAGACAAUACUGACCAGAAAUGUGAGUGUUUGAGAGCAGUGUAAAGUAUAAGAACCAUAAUAUCAUCACUGAAAGUACAGUUUUUAUGUGAAAAAUGCAAAAAAAAAAUCUGAACACCAACUUUGGCUACUAUUUGUGACUAAGUGGCUAUUACAAAAGACUGGACAUAACCCAUUUUGAAUACCCUGGGAUGUCUACUUUUCCAAAUGGUAUGCCAUGAUGUGGGUAAUUUUAAUUUCUGAGCUGCCAUACAGUCUCAGAGGCAACAUGGGCCCAGCAAACCAAUCUACCAAAUUUUUACGUGUAAAACCAUAAAUGGACAAGCCCUAUAUUUGACCCUGUAACUUUCCAAAACACCAUAAAACAUAUACAUGGGGGUCCCGUUGUACUCAUGAGAAAUCACUGACCAGAAAUGUGAGUGUUUCAGAGCAGUGAAAUGUAUAAGAACAAUAAAAUCAUCACUGAAAGUACAGUUUUAUGUGAAAAUACCCUGGGAUGUCUACUUUUUCAAAAGGUAUGCCAUGAUGGGGAUAAUUUUAAUUUCUGGGCUGCCAUACGGUCUCAAAGGUAACAUAGGCCCAGCAAACCAAUCUACCAAAUUUCUACAUGUAAAAACAUAAAUGGACAAGCCCUAUAUUGGAUCCUGUAACUUUCCAAAACACCAUAAAAAAUAUACAUGGGGGUAGGGGGGGCACUGUUUUACUCUUGAGACAUUGCUGAAUACAAAUGUGUGUGUUUUAUUGUAGUAAAAGUGAACAGUAUUAUGACAUUCACAGUAAAAAUGCAAUGCAGAACUUGAAAAAUAACCAAAUGUCAAAAGUUUUUUUUUCACAAAAAAGUUAGUUCCAUAUAUAAAAAAUUGAUAUGAAAUGAAAGCUCUCAUUCUCCUGAACAAUAUGAUAUAUAAUAAGUAUGGGUGUUUAUAAUAUAAAAAAAAGGUAAAUUAUUGUUGAACAGACAUAUAGUCAAAAUUCUGUGGUUUGUUUACAUUUUUUUUGGAUCACAACUUGUACAUUUGGCUCCGUCCUUAAGGGGUUAAAGACUGCAGUGAUAAUAACUGCAUGCUGUACUCUAUUCAGAGCCAAUGUUUUUGAAUCCAUUGCUGAAUUCAGUAAAUGUUGGCGUAAUCCAAUAUACCAGCCCUAACUCAUCUGUCAAAAAUAAUUUUCCCUCAAAUUUCCCGCAGUAGUUCUUGCACAUUUCUUAUCCUUUUUUCUUGCUUUCUGCAGGGUGGUUGUGCAGAAUGAAAGGCGGGAGGAAUGGACAUCCCUGCUUGUUACUAUUAAGAAGCUUUUCAUUCAAUACCCAACUCUGGUUCGCCUGAAGCAUGCAGGUACUCAGAUGCUCUGUGUGUAAAUGCAGACUAUGAAUUGUAUCUGUUAUUGCCAAUAUCAAACUCUAUACAGUAUACAGUGUUUAUUUUUUCAAGGAACCUAUUUAUAGCUAUCAGAUAAAAAGGUUUUGAUGUGUGUGUUUAUUUUUAUCAGCUAUUUUGCCCAAUUAUCAGUGAUCUGAUUGAUGUCAUUUAUACAUGUUAAAGGAACACUCUUUACUACAUGUCUGUUCGUCCACCCAUUGUAAAGCGCUGCGGAAUUUGAUGGCGCUAUAUAAAUAUCAUCAUAAUAAUAAUACAGCAGUUUUGCAAGCUGAAAUGCUUUAUGUUUCUGGAGCCUGUCAAUAGAAAUCUACACUCUUUUACAUUAGGCAAGAACACCUCCAUGACUGUCAAGUAUACAUCCAGGGAGGUUUUCUUACUCUUUUGUUAGCUCCAUGGAGCUAAUGGAAGCGGCAGGCAUGAUAUGCUGUAUUAUUUAUUUAUUUCCCCAGUGACAUUUUCCGCUACCUUAUUGUCAUGUAAGAUGAGCCAGUUAUUCCUCAAAUUCCAUUGCGUUCUCUGUAGUAUAGCACUGAGAACAGAAUAGGUAGUUUAAAAUUUUUAGGCCAAAAUAGCUGAACUUGAAAAAAAAAUGUUAUCAGUUUGAAUAUUUGUUCUAAAUUUGAAAUUAACUUUGAAUUUCCAAGAACGUAUUGAAUAACCUGGUGUGUAUCGCUAUUUUCUCUAGUGAGUUUCGUGGUAUCCCUUGCACAAAGCUCACUAUUUUUCUCUGUGAGUGAAAUAAAUCUCUUCCAAUUAUUUUAGUUGGCCAUAACAUGGAAUGCAAUUUCCUUUUUUUUUUGUGUAUGCAUUAAAAAUACAUUAAAGACUGUUUCUUCAUAUUAUUGAGCCUCUGAUGUAAUGGUUUGGGUGCUUGCAGAAGGCUUUCCCCGAGGACAGAACUCUACCUCCGAUCAAGGGAAUUAUCUAGAAGCCAUCAACCUGUCCUUUAAUGGUGAGUGAAUGUAUAGUGCUGUGUUAAGAAGUAAUCUAUAGAACAAGAUUGUGCAUAAAUGUACAUUUCAUUCUUAAAGGGACAGAAUAGCUGUGAAUUUACCCCACUCAUCUAAUGCUUUAUGUACAUAGUGCUUUAAAAAAAAAAAAAAAAAGAUAAAUCUAUUUACAAUUAAAUCUUUUAUUUUUUAAAUUGGGACCAGGUAGGGAAGAUUUAUUGAACAAUCAGCGAUUUGGAGUUUUUAAUAUGCUGAUUUCUUUCUUUAUCUAUAGGCCAUAAAAGGGUCUUGUAAUCCCUGUCUCCCAAAGUUAGAUUCUAUUCUAUUUUAUACCAAUUUUCUUUCAUAGAAUCUUCCUUAUUUGCAAUUAAAAUAUGCGCUAAUAGGUUAGCUUGUGCAAUAUCUUGAAUGAUUGGAAUACUCAUACCUCCUUCAUCUUUUUUCUUUGACAUAAUAUCUUUUUUUAUUCUGUGUUUUUUACCUGACCAGAUAAAUUUAGUAGAUGAUGAUUGAAUUAAUUCUAACCAACUAUCAUGAAUCUUUAUAGGGUUCAUUCUCAUAAUGUACGAAAAUUUCGGUAUAAUAUAUGCUUUUAAUGUGUUUAGAGUUUUCCAUUUUUAAAAAUUAAUAUUAGUUUCUUUAAUUAACAGUAAAAUGUUAAUUUACAUCCAUUUUUUUUGAAAUUUGUAUACCCAAAUAAUUAAAAUAACUUUUAACUUGUUUAAAUCCAUAUUAAUUUUCUAUAUUAAUAAUGUUAUUUUGCACUGUAUUUAGAUGUAAUGCCGUAGAUUUUUCAGUAUUUAUUUUGUAAUUGGAAAAUUUACUAUAAUUUUGAAUAAUCUCCACAACAUGGUCAAUAGAUUCCUCAGGUUUCUGAAUAGUUAUCAAUACGUCGUCGCCAUAUAACUUUUUUGGGUAUUGUUUUCUCCAAACCCCAUUAUAUCCUGAUUGGAUCUUAUGUCUACUGCCAAGGAUUCAAUUGAUAUAUAUAAUAACGGUGAUAGUGGGCAGCCCUGGCGUGUGCCGUUUGUAAUCCCAAACCAUUUGGAUUUAAUAAACAAUUUGUUUAAAAUUGAAAAUAAUUCCUGGUAUAAAUUUAAAUAUACUAUCAAAUUUAAUGAUAAAUAUAAAUCUGUAAUUAUGGACCCAUAAGGGCAUGGAAAAGAUUUCCAACUUCCUGAGAGGAAAUACAUUAAAAUCUUUUGAACAACUUCAAACUGAAUAUAGUAUACCUUCUACAGAAUAGUUUAUCUAUAUAAGGGUAAUAUCUUUUUUUAAAACAUACCUGAGAUUUAAUUCCCUUGGACCACCAGUUAAGUUCCUUUCAGAAAUAUUUGGACAAACAGAUUAUACUCAUUUAGUCAACAAAUGUCAAAAACUAAUUUAUAAGGCUCAGAUUAAAUCAAUUCCCCUGGCAAUUGCUAAAUGGAAUUAUGAUGUGAAAAUAGAUAUAACUAUGAAAGAAUAGAAUAACUCUCUUAAGACAUUAUAUAAAACCUGCCACUAUUUAAAUAUACAUGAAAUUCAUUACAAGAUACUAAAUAGAUGGUAUAGAACUCAUCAAAAAAUACCAAAAAUGUAUCCUACAGCCUCCUCCCACUGUUGGAGAUGCACUGAGCCAAUUGCGAUUUUUAAACACAUUUGGGGGGAUUGCCUGAUAAUUAGACCUCUUUGGGAGAUGACAAACCAUUAUUUAUCAACUUUACUGGAAAUGAAGUUCAAACUGACUCCAAAUAUGGCUUUACUUCAUAUGGAUAUGGGGAUGAUCAAUAGAGAGUCUAGACCAGUUAUCUUACACAUUUUAAUGGCUGUUAUUGACACGUAUUCAUCCGCUUCUAAAAAUGUGGUUAAUGGCAUUUCCUGUCCACACAGGAAAAGUUGUGCCGAGCAGCAACCAAAUCCACAGAAGGGUUAAUCCUGAGCAGCAAUUAGGCAAAUGGGAACCUGGUAACUGCCUUUGGGGUCAAAGGCUGGUUACAACCUAUCAGAUCUAGAGGAGGGGUAUUUAGGCCCAGUUCUCAUCCAGUAUCCCUCCUCUAGAUCUGAUAGGAUACUGAUCUGCAACCUAUCAAAUCUAGAGGAGGGGUAUUUAGGCCCAGUUCUCAUCCUGCUCAGUGUCCUGUCGUGAUUUCCUUUGUGGUUGUCCGAGAGCGUGUUAUUGAUUCUGGUAAUUCUGGUUAUUUGACUUUGGCAUUGUUUUUGACUUCCCUGUUUAUUGGCAUCCCUGACUCCUGGCUUUUCCUUAUUGUUGCGUCUCUUUCUGUUUCCCUUGACCUCGGCUAUUCCUGACUAUUCUUUGGUACAUUAGUCCGGCCAUUCUAAGGUCCGGUAUACGUUACCUAUCAGUCCUCUGUGUUACACAAUUCUACGUGCUGGAUCAUUCUGAAAUCCUGACAUUACGACAUGGCCAUAGAUCCUGUAGAAUUGUGUAAGCACAUAGCUGCUUGCGAAAGGAAACUAGAGGAGAAUGAUCACCGCAUGGAUCAAUUUGCCCAGGCCUUCAGUACGCUUCUUAUCCGAACAGUGCACCUGCAACCUGCGGCUGCUCCUACUGUCUCACCUCCGCCUUGUGUACCUCUGCCUAUAGUAUACAAGGCACCAACUAUCUCUCUAUCUCCUCCACCGCAUUUUGAUGGUAAUUUCCAAGAAUGCCGGGGAUUCCUUAACCAAAUAGAGUAUCAUUUUGAGGCCUCACCUGGAUCUAUUCCCACAGACAGAGCUAAAAUUGGUUACCUGAUGAAUCAAUUAAAAGGUAAAGCUUUAGCUUGGGCCAAUCCAUUAUGGGAGAGUAAUAGGAGUGUGGCACACAAUUACCAGGAGUUUAUUACGGAAUUUAAACUUACGUUUGAACUAUUAGGCAGGGAGGAAGACGCAUAUCAGACAAGGGAACCGGUCUAUCUCGGAGUAUGCCAUAGAAUUUCGUACCCUAGCUUCCGAGGUAGACUGGACUAAUAGUGGGUUAAUCUCUGCAUUUAAAAAGGGACUAUCUGAGACUAUGCUAGAUGAGAUUGCCGCCAAAGACUUACCCAAAAAGCUUAAUGAAUUUAUCAAUUUUGUCAUGCAAAUUGAUAAUAGAUUGAGAACCAGAGACGCUACUAGAAACAAGACCAGACACAUGAAUAUGCCUUUAGCAACCCACUUCUCAAAACUUAUUGUCCCUAAAUUUCCUGUACAGUCCGAACCCGAACCCAUGCAGUUGGGGGUCACUAGACUGUUGGAAGCAGAAAGACAGUAUAGGGAAAAAGAAGGCCUAUGUCUAUACUGCGGUAGAAAAGGACAUAUGAGAAACAAUUGUCCCAUACGUCCGGAAAACUACCGCACCUAGGCACCUUAAAGGGACAGGUCUAAGGUGUAAUGGAAACGUCCUCUGGAAUGGGUAAAAAUAGGUUUCUCCUUGAUAUUUAUUUUGCCUUUGAAAAGAAGAACUUUUCAUGCAAAGCCCUGAUGGAUUCAGGUGCCGCUGGAAACUUCAUCGACGUUCAAUUUGUUAAAUGUAAUACUAUACCUAUCAAGGAGAGACUAUCACCCCUAGCUGUUGAAGCUAUUGAUGGGAGACCACUCUCACAACCAUUGAUUACACACGAAACCUUACCCAUUAAUUUGUCCAUUGGUGCCUUACAUAAGGAAGAGAUUACAUUUCAGGUUAUUGCAUCCCCUUCCUGUCCGAUCAUAUUAGGCUUUCCAUGGCUUAACAAGCAUAACCCUCAUAUUGACUGGGCUAAUGGGGAAAUAUUAGAAUGGGGUAAGGAUUGCUAUGAAAGGUGUAUAUUAAAUGUUGCCAAAAGAGUGGGCACUACUGGAUUACCCACUAGUACACCUCAAAACCCAGAAAUCCCUAUACAGUACCAAGACAUUAAAGAAGGAUUCAGCAAAACUCAGUCGAAUACUCUACCUCCUCACAGAGUUUAUGACUGUUCCAUUAAUUUACUACCCAUCACUAUGCCAGCUAAGGGAGCAGUCUAUGCUCUGUCACCUCAGGAGAGUAGAGUAAUGGAGGAAUAUAUUAAGGAUUCAUUGAAUAAAGGCCACAUACGAAAAUCAUCCUUGCCUGCUGGGGCAGGAUUCUUUUUUGUAUCUAAAAAGGAUGGUGAGUUGCGCCCAUGUAUCGAUUACAGGGCAUUGAACAAAAUCACCAUUAAGAACGCCCACCCCAUUCCUCUUAUUGCUGAAUUAUUUGAUAGACUCCAAGGCGCUAAAGUAUUUACUAAGUUUGAUCCUAGAAGUGCUUACAAUUUAGUGAGAAUCAAGGAAAACCACGAGUGGAAGACUGCAUUUAAUACCAGAAGUGGACACUGUGAAUAUCUAGUGAUGCCAUUCGGGUUGUGCAAUGCUCCAGCGGUUUUCCAAGAAUUCAUAAAUGAUGUACUCAGGGAUUACAUUUACUCGUUUGUCUUGGUCUAUCUGGAUGAUAUCUUUAUUUAUUCUCCUGACAUUCAGACUCACCACGAUCACAUUAGACAAGUUCUGUAGACCUUGUUAAAGAAUCAACUUUAUUGUAAAUUAGAAAAAUGCAUCUCUGACCAAUCUGAAGUACAGUUUUUGGGAUAUAAUAUCUCUGCCUUGGGGUUUCAGAUGGAUCCUAAAAAGCUGGAAUCGGUUCUACAAUGACCUUUACCGACUGGGUUGAAAGCCAUUCAAAGGAUCAUUGCUUUUGCCAAUUAUUACAGAAGAUUUAUAAAGGGAUUUUCUUCAGUAAUAGUCCCCAUCACCAAUAUGACACGCAAGGGGGUUAGCAGUAUGAUAUGGACUAAGGAGGCCAUAGAAGCCUUUGAAACUCUCAAACAGCGGUUCGCCUCCGCCGACAUAUUGAUACAUCCUGACACGAGUAAACCUUUCAUACUGGAAGUUGAUGCAUCAGAGACAGGGGUAGGGGCAGUUCUCUCCCAGAGGGAGAGCCAGGAUACUCCAUUGCAUCCUUGUGGUUACUUCUCUAGAAAGUUGUCCCCUUCCGAGCGUAAUUAUGAUAUUAGCAAUAGGGAAUUGUUGGCCAUUAUUCAAGUUCUCAAGGAGUGGUGACAUCUUUUAGAGGGUUCCAAGGACCCCCUUUUGAUCAUUACUGAUCACAAAAACCUGGCUUACAUAGGAGAUGCUAAACGAUUGUCUUCUAGGUCUCUGUUCCUUUCUCGCUUUAAUUUUCUUAUAACUUAUAGACCUGGUGCUGAUCUUUAUAUGUGAGAUUGUCCGUCUGCAUGGCAUUCCUCACAAUAUUGUAUCUGAUAGAGGUUCUCAGUUUGUAUCCCGGUUUUGGAUGGCUUUCAAUAAGCAAUUGGGAAUUUCAUUUUCUUUUUCAUUCUCUUACCACCCCCAGACUAAGUUCCUUUGUAGAAAGGGGCGCUGUACGGAUACUAGCAUUACCCUCAAUUUGUAGAUCCACGGAAUGGUGUUACCUUGUAGCUGUCCUUCUGGGCUGUGGGAAUGAGCCUGCCGCUUGCCACCAAUUGUAACGGACCGUUUUGCACACAAGAGGUUAAAAACCAUUUAGGUGAUAUUCCCCUUCCCAGAUGCACAAGCAGCUACUGUAAGCACCAAUCUCCCAAACUGCAAACUACAUGAAUACUGGAAACAGCCAAACAGGAAAAAACAUACGAAAGGUUUACACUCCUGGCAGUCAGCAUACAAUCCAAUUCCCCCAAUAACGAGACGACACUUCGCUUUGAGGGUUAAGCAGAAUCUGGUUUACUGGGGCUAACUGCCUGGCUUUUAUGCAGGUCUCCCACCUGGUGGACACUCCCCUAGGGGACCAGAUGGGAAACUGGGAAACAUAUUGGACCUUAACCAAUCACAAGCUUACAAUCCCACAAUGCAUCACAAUCCCUCCUCUCUGUCCUGGAGAUAAUUGGGAAGUAAUCCAAUUAUCUCCAAGGACAGAGGCAAAACUCCAUUAACCACAUGGCAGUAAAAAGACAGUAAAAGACAUAAAAUUACAUACUGUUACAUUCAUCACAUAGAACAUACACAUUCUACCUAUCCCCAGAUAGCUUAGAUCUGAGCGCACAUUAUUACCGGAUGGCGCUCAGAUCACAUGCAUACAGUUCAAUCGCCAUGGAGCCAAAGUCUUUCCCAUAGUCUUUCAGUAUACGAAUGGGCUCUAUGGCUUAGCUAUCUGAGGUAACACUGCUCAUAUAGGGAAAAUAAAUGGUUUUUAAUGCAGGGCCAUGGUCCAGCGGCAAGCGGUGGGCAACCAGGCUCCUCCAGUGGCCAGUGGCGAGGUUGGUUCCGCCACAUUUCUCCCCUUUACCAAUCAGACUAACAGGGUAUUUGACCUCCUGUCGGUCAGUGCCCUGGUUAGUCCAGCAGCCCACCCACAGAACCCAAUCAGUAGUACAGCCCACCCACAAUAAAGGCUUACUACAUUUGGGGAAAUGAGUAGCUUGCCUUUGUCCAGGUGCUUCACCACUGCUAUGUGGGGUGCAGCUAUUCCGGGUCAGUGGGUUGCUGAGUGGGCAGAGACCAGCUGUACUCUGCCCUGGUGCCAGCGCUAUAACGGGAGUAGCCUGGUUGGAGCCCCGCUGAGGAGAAGGGGUAGUAUGCUGCCCUCUCUGGAUCUGGUGCUGCUGCUGUAGGGGGAGGGUGUGGGGUUUAUCAUCUCUCCUUGGUGGGCUAGGCUGCCGCUGGGGAGAGGGGGUAACAAGCUCCUCUCCCUGACACUCUUUCUGCUGGUGGAGAGGGGAAACGACUGUCUCCCCUUUCGAUAUAUUGUCCCGCGGCUGGGGAGCGAGACCGACUGUCUCUGCUCCCGGCAGGACACACUGCCACUGGGGAGGAAGGACGGCACCUUUGUCUCCCUGGGACUCACUUGACUGCUGGGGAGAGGGACCCACUGUCUCCUCUCCUAAGGACACACACUGCCGCUGGGGAGGAAGGACGGCACUUUUGUCUCCCUGGGACUCACUUGACUGCUGGGGAGAGGGACCAACUGUCUCCUCUCCUAAGGGGACACACUGCCACUGGGGAGGAAGGAUGGCACCUUCAGCUCCCUGGGAUAAAUACUGCCGCUGGGGAUCCUCGCAGGACCAGUCUAGGAGGUCCGCCACCUCGGGUACUGUUGGUUGCUGUUGGGGAAGAGGACCGGUUGUCUCUUCCCGGGCCUCAUUGAUGAGUCGCAGGUACACAUCUCGGGACACACUGAGCUGCGUACCACUGUAUCGCCUGGUAUGCGUCGUCGAGCGCCAGUUCUGCAUAUACUAGAAUCUCGAGUCUAGUCACCCAAGCUUCUUCGGUCUGUUUUCUCAGGAGGGGCAUCCGCUCUGCCAUUUGAGCCAGGAUUCGCUGCCUUCUGCUGCGGCGCCGAUCCUCUCACGAAUACUGUACUUUCUCUAGGGCUUCAUCCCAUAACCCGGCUCUGGCAAUCUCUCUGUAUCUCAACAUGUCCUCCUCUGACACUGCUCCAGACCUCAGGGAUACGCAACAGUACAAUCUACCUUGAAACUUCUCCUCCAUUUUCUGAGUUCCUUUGUAGAUAGGGGCGCUGUACGGAUACUAGCAUUACCCUCAAUUUGUAGAUCCACGGAAUGGUGUUACCUUGUAGCUGUCCUUCUGGGCUGUGGGAAUGAGCCCGCCGCUUGCCACCAAUUGUAACGGACCGUUUUGCACACAAGAGGUUAAAAACCGUUUAGGUGAUAUUCCCCUUCCCAGAUUCACAAGCAGCUACUGUAAGCACAAAUCUCCCGAACUGCAAACUACAUGAAUACUGGAAACAGCCGAACAGGAAAAACCAUACGAAAGGUUUACACUCCUGGCAGUCAGCAUACAAUCCAAUUCCCCCAAUAACGAGACGACACUUCGUUUUGAGGGUUAAGCAGAAUCUGGUUUACUGGGGCUAACUGCCUGGCUUUUAUGCAGGUCUCCCACCUGGUGGACACUCCCCUAAGGGACCAGAUGGGAAACUGGGAAACAUAUUGGACCUUAACUAAUCACAAGCUUACAGUUCCACAAUGCAUCGCAAUCCCUCCUCUCUGUCCUGGAGAUAAUUGGGAAGUAAUCCAAUUAUCUCCAAGGACAGAGGCAACACUCCAUUAACCACAUGGCAGUAAAAAGACAGUAAAAGACAUAAAAUUACAUACUGUUACAUUCAUCACAUAGAACAUACACAUUCUACCUAUCCCCAGAUAGCUUAGAUCUGAGCGCACAUUAUUACCGGAUGGCGCUCAGAUCAAUCGCCAUGGAGCCAAAGUCUUUCCCAUAGUCUUACGAAUGGUAGCUUUAGAAGUCUUGGGUGUCGGGUUAUAGUCUUACGAACAUAUUGGACCUUAACCAAUCACAAGCUUACAAUCCCACAAUGCAUCACAAUCCCUCCUCUCUGUCCUGGAGAUAAUUGGGAAGUAAUGGGCUCCAUGUCUUAGCUAUCUGGGGUAACACUGCUCACAUAGUGAAAAUAAAAGGUUUUUAAUGCAGGGCCAUGGUCCAGCGGCAAGCGGUGGGCAACCAGGCUCCUCCAGUGGCGAGGUUGGUUCCGCCACAAAUAGCACUCAAGACAAUUGGUCCGAAUUAUUACCAUGGGCCGAGUUUGCUAGGAACAAUGCUGACCAUGACUCCUCUGGGCAUAGUCCAUUUUUUGUUAAUAAUGGCCGGCAUCCUACUGUCCUACCGGCUGUUUUUUCUGACACGGCUAUUCCUGCUUUGGAUGACCGUCUGGCUUCCAUCCGUGAUACCUGGGUUAAAGUUCAAUCUGCUCUGGGUACUGCUGCUGACCGUUUCAAGCAUUAUGCUGAUACACGUCGAGGUGCAAACUCUGUUUACCAAGUGGGUGAGAGGGUUUGGUUAUCUUCUCGUAACAUUAGGCUCAAAGUCCCUAGCAUGAAAUUUGCUCCUAGGUUCCUUGGACCUUUUAGUGACCUUCGUAGGAUCAAUCCUGUUGCAUACUCUCUGUCCCUUCCGGCCUCCUUGAAAAUUCCUAAUACAUUUCACGUGUCCUUGCUCAAACCUCUUGUUUGCAUUAAAUAUACUGUCUCAAGUGUCCCUCCUCCUUUCUUAGUUGUUUCUGGACAGGAAGAGUAUGAGGUCUCCUCCAUAAUUGAUUCCAGGUUUUCUCGGAGCACUUUACAGUACUUGGUAGACUGGAAAGGUUAUGGACCAGCCGAUCGUUCUUGGGUUCCGGCAUCUGAUAUACAUGCUGGCUGCAAAAUUCGCUAUUUUCACACCAAAUUUCCUCUCAAGCCUGGCCCUGCCCGCCUGGUGGGCGUUCUUCAGGUGGGGGGUAAUGUCACGUAUUCAUCCGCUUAUAAAAAUGUGGUUAAUGGCAUUUACUGUCCACACAGGAAAAGUUGUGCUGAGCAGCAACCAAAUCGACAGAAGGGUUAAUGCUGAGCAGCAAUUAUGCAAAUGGGAACCUGGUAACUGCCUUUGGGGUCAAAGGCCGGUUACAACCUAUCAGAUCUAGAGGUGGGGUAUUUAGGCCCAGUUCUCAUCCAGUAUCCCUCCUCUAGAUCUGAUAGGACACUGAUCUGCAACCUAUCAGAUCUAGAGGAGGGGUAUUUAGGCCCAGUUUUCAUCCUGCUCAGUGUCCUGUCGUGGUUUCCUUUGUGGUUGUCCAAGAGCGUGUUAUUGAUUCUGGUAAUUCUGGUUAUUUGACUUUGGCAUUGUUUUUGACUUCCCUGUUUUCUGGCAUCCCUGACCAUUGGCUUUCUCUUAUCGUUGUGUCUCUUUCUGUAUCCCCUGACCUCGGCUAUUCCUGACUAUUCUCUGGUACGUUAGUCCGGCCAUUUUAAGGUCCGGUAAACGUUACCUAUCAGACCUCUACGUGCUGGAUCAUUCUGUAAUCCUGACAGUUAUAACGUCAAUAGCCAGAAACUGGGAGCCUUCUAGGGCUAAAAAAAAUAAAAAAUAAACGCACCCCAUUCUUAUUGAGAAUUAGCUGCACUGUCCUUGUACUGUUGUUUUGAUACAUUGCUGUACAAUCUAUAAUUAUUAUUAUAAUUGUUUUAAAUUGAGACACUGACUCAUGCAUGUGCUGCAGCAGGCGAAUCAUCUUUGACCUCUUCACCAGUUAGGAAACCCUCAUUCUGGUCUAUGUUUUGUUGUUUUUUCUUUUCUUUAUUAUUAUCCCAUAAACAUCUGUCCAGCAGGUAUUUAUAGGAUACAGUUAUACCAGAGCCAUAGUUCACCUUCCCAUAUGGGAUGAGUGGAUGGCCGAAUAAGCUCAUAUCCGUUAUCUCAGAUCUGGUAUCAGCCUAUUUACAGCCUGUUGUCCAGUUCUGUGGACUGGCUAUGUGCAGCAGUCUUUCAAGCUAGCAGCCAUGGUUGGAGCGCUCUCCAGAAUACGGAAAACAUAUCUGUUUAGAUUGCGGUAUAGCAGAGAGAUAGGGGGCUGUCUUAAACAAUGAGUGCACUCUUUAGCCUCUCUAGACAGGGAGCGUGGUUGUAUGAUACUAUAUGCACCAUAUGCUUUGCAGUGUGGCGCUUAGAGAAACCCUUUAACUUUCUACCAUCUUUUUUUUUUAUGUUUUACCCAAAUUCGUAUUCAUCUAAUUUCACAGUGUUUGACAAGCAUUACAUAAACCGCAACUUUGACCGCACCGGGCAGAUGUCUGUAGUAAUUACUCCAGGAGUUGGUGUAUUCCAAGUUGAUCGUUCUCUGAUGAUCCUCACAAAGCAGCGCAUGAUUGACAAUGGUAAUUUGGUAAAGGAGAUUUUGUAUGUGAUUCUGUUUGUUAACAUUUUUUUUUUUUAAAUCGUGGGCAGACAAGUAAACUCAUUUUCCUCCAUUAGGCUCUUGUGUUUCCAUAGCCAGUUAGAAAGCUGCAUGCCAUCUACAGAAGGAAAUAUGGAGUUGGGGAAAAAAAGCAAGCCCUCAUAAAUAUUACAUAGUGAAGACAGACACCAAGCAGUCCUCUGCCACGUAGUACCUAGUCCUGAUAUGCCACAUAUGGUGUUUUGAUUCUCAGGGAUUUAUUUGUUUAGUACUGGACUACAGUGAAUUGAAAUCUCUAUUGCAAACCUUAGGCAAAUAUAGCAGAUUUGCAAGAAAUCUCCAACGCCACUAUGGUCACAGUUUAGCUAUUUCAGACUAAAUGUUGCUGUUUUCAGUUUACUGCAGAUUGUUGUUUGGUGAAUAAACCGUGAUCGAAUGUUUCCUUCUUCCAGGUAUUGGUGUGGAUCUGGUGUGCAUGGGGGAGCAGCCGCUACAUGCGGUGCCCCUAUUUAAGGUGAGUAUCCAGCACUUUCUCACUCUUUCUCUUAUGGGUGUAGGAGUGCUGUCUUACCUUCAGUGGUUCAGCUGUUUUCUAACACCCAGCACUGCUGCCCUCUCUCACCGCCACCCCAGGUGAGGAAAUUUUACUGGGUGGCCCAGUAAUCUUAUGGGUUAUGUUUGAAACCUGUUUAAGCACGGAAGGUAAGAUGGCUCCCAGACACUCCUGCCCCGUAACAACUUCAAUGAGCUGGAGUAGUUAUGAGGUGGGAGUGUUCCUUUAAGAAUGGUAAUGUUGAUUUCUAGCAUUUCUCUUGGUUCUUGGUAGCUUUAGAAGUCUUGGGUGUCGGGUUAUAUGGUUUAGAGGCAUUAAGUCAUUUUAUGUUUCCAUCUGUUUUACAGCUGCAUAAUCGCUCAAAUUCUGCUGAUUCACGCCUCGGAGAUGAUUAUAACAUCCCUCACUGGAUCAAUCACAGGUGAAAUUAUGUGCUAAUUGGAAAUAUUUGUUUCAAAAUCCAAGUGCGUUCUCCGUAUUAUAAGUUGCUUCCUUGUACACCCGUGUAUGUUAUAACAUGGAGUUUUUAUAUAAUCUUUUUGAGCCUUUGUGUUUAUGUUUUUGUAACAAAUGGUACUUUUUGUAUCUCCCGCUGCUUUGUGUCUCUUUAUUAAACUUCAAUAAAUAUUUAUUGGUUAUUUCUUUCCAGUUUCUAUACAUCCCAGAGCCAGCCACUGAAGAAUACCUUUACUCCACGUAUCAAACUCGCUGCUCGAAAGGUAUUUUUGUAAGCUACCAGGGGGAAAAAAUUCACUAAACAUGUUUUGGGUUUUUUUUGGACCAGAUUCAAACAUGAAUCAUUAAAGGUUGCAGACAUACCAGUUUUUCAGAUUAAUCUUUACUGUUGAUUUGGUUGUGCUAAAAAAUCCCAACAUAUUCACAGCAUUAUGCACUCAAUGGCAGAAUUUUAAAUUCCUGCUGCAGAUUAAUCUGAAAUGAAGUGUUUAGCAAUAUCUGUCUGUGGAUAUAGACAGAUAUUGCUAAACAUAAAAUAUGUCUGUAUGUGGAUGUUUUUUUUUUUGUAUUUCUGUGUUCUAUUUCGUAUCUUUUGCAUUUUAGGUGGUCACUGAAAAAGGCAGACUUGGAAAAGAUAAUUGUAAGUGUACACCCACAUUGACAACUUCUAACUGCUCUCUACUUCUAUAUGUCCUGCAGAGGUAUUAUCCAAAGUUUCGUACAGGAGAGGUUCUUGGUUUUUUUAGAUCUGAUUUGUGUAAUACUGUAGUCUAAAAUACCAGUCUUAAAGGCCUUUCUGUAUUCUUCUGCACAUUUUCCCAGAUUCCAACAAUUCACAAAUUUGUUACAUGUGAAGAAAAAGGCUUAAACAUCUCCUAUUUUUUGCAGCCCUAGGAAGCCCAAAAGAAGCUGAGAAUGCCCUCCCCAUACAAGUUGACUACGAUGCUUAUGAUGCACAAGUUUUCCGCCUUCCUGGUCCUUCUAGAACGCAGCGCAGCACAAACUUUAGGUGACCAUUAUACAGAAAUGUAAACUUUUUUGGUUCACUUGAUCUCUUUCUCUGCUUGUUUAGACUAUACCUUUUAAUUCCUUUGUUCUAUAAAGUUUUUGUUUUUCGUCCUCUGUUUCUGCCUCAUCCUUCCUUUCUCCCCAUCUUUUUAACUUUUUUUUGAGUUGUCUCACAUUCCCUGUAUUUUAUCUCUUGCGUUUGUACCUUUUUGUUUUAUAUCUUGUUUAUACCUGUAUGCUGAUUCCUUCACAUUAAUUAUUAUAUAAGAUGGUAAUGUCAGUGGUUCUUACUAGUAUUUUUAUUGAACUUCUGAGAUUAAAUCAGUUAUAUUGUGUUUAUAUGUGUGGAGCAAUGGUGUGCUUGUGGACCUUUCAACCUGUGAUAAAGUGCUCGACAUAAUGAACCCAAGAGAUUAUAUUUUGUUUAUAUUUCUUACCAUACCCAUUUGCAUCCACUGAUUAAUCAGUAGUUAUUAAAGGGACACUAUAGUCACCCAGUUCACUUUAUCUCAAUGAAGUGGUCUGGACGUAGUGAUCUUGUCACUUUAACUCUGCAAUGUAGUAGGUUGUAGGUUUUUAGAAACUGCGAUGUUACAUUGCAGGGUUAAUAGUGACUCUCAGCCACCUCCUGCAUGCUUUUAUCUAUUCUUAUAACUACCCAAGGCCCUUAAAGUUACUCACAGCUACCUGCAGUCAGUGUUUUAAUAUGGUCCCCAGUAUAAGCUACAGACACAUAGAAACAUAGAAUGUGACAACAGAUAAGAACCAUUCGGCCCAUCUUCCCAAUUUUUUAAUUACUUUCAUUAGUCCCUUGUAUCUUAUAGUUAGGAUAGCCUUAUGCCUAUCCCACGCAUGUUUAAACUCCUUCAAUGUGUAAACCUCUACCACUUCAGCUGGGAGGCUAUUCCAUGCAUCCACAACUAUCUCAGUAAAGUAACACUUCCUGAUAUUUUUAAACCUUUGUCCCUCUUGUUGUGGUUUUUCUUCUUUUAAAUAUACUCUCCUCCUUUAAUGUGUUGAUUUCCUUUAUAUAUUUAAAUGUUUCUAUUAUAUCUCCUGCCUCUUCCAUACCUAGUGUGCUGGGUAGUUACACCACUUUGGAGUUUUAUUAGGGAUUGUGUAUGUUGUAUAUUUCAUUUUGUUUACAUUUUCUAACUUUCUCAGGCCAGUGCGUGAGACUCAGACUCGGAAGAGUUCAUGCUCAUAUGAUGCUUCCUGCAGCCCAUCUACACAGGGCCGACCAUUCCCACCAGAUGAAGGACGAAGCCAAACAUCAGAUGAAAGCUCCUUGGGAAAAAUUUCCAACAUCCUUCUUAUACCAAGGCAGCAUCUCCAUCAUUACGAAGCUAGCAGCUCUUUGGGUUAUACUAGUACUAGAGGUAAUUGGUCAUUGUAUACAAUCCUAGGAACGUGUACCCAUGGGUCAUUUUACUAACCCUGAGAAUUCACAUAAGGUUACAUACCAUGGACGUGUCUCCCCCCCCAUUAAAUCCUUGCUUGCUCUAAUGUGCAGAUUUUUUGGAACGAAUGAUUGAAUCCCAGCAGAGAGACUCCAGUGCCCCUGGCAGGUUCCAUGUGGGCAGUGCAGAGUCAAUGUUGCAUAUCCGUCCAGGUGGAUACCAUCCUCAGAGAGCCCUCAUCAAUCCUUUUGCACCCUCACGCAUGCCAAUGAAGCUCACAUCAAACCGGCGGAGAUGGAUGCACACGUUCCCUGUGGGUAGGUGAUUGUACAUUUUUGGUUUUGACUAGUUUCCUUGUCUACUAAAACUAGGGUUAUUUACCCCAUUUUAAUUUUGUUGGUCUCUGGCAGGCCCAUCUGGUGAAGCUAUACAGAUACACCAUCAGACGCGUCAGAAUAUGGCUGAACUGCAGGGAAGCAAGCUCCAAGACACCGCUCGUUCUUCGGCAGAACUUCUAGAGCUAGCUUAUCAUGAAGCCACAGGAAGGUGAAAGGCCCAGGGUUAAUAAUUAAUUAUUUUGUAUACCUUGUAGACCGCUGAUGUCACAAGGUUGUUGUUUUUUGUGCUUAUGUAUUUGAUCAAUGAAAAAGUUAACAUAAAAGAGGUGUUGCUGUGCCUUUUAAUUUUCACUUUUAAUUUUUUUAACACAAUAUUUCUCAGUGAAAAAGAGUGUUUUCACUAUUUACCUGUCUUAAAAAUUGUUAAUGCUUAGAUUACUUUAAAAAAAUAACUCUUUGCUAAAAAAACAAUUGCCUGUGUUUGUCAACAGCAGGCAAAACUGUGAAAUAUGUAGGAUUUUAAAUAUUUGCAGCAGCAUGCAGGGCCAGGCUGGGAACUAAAAGCAGCCCUGGAAAAAAAAUGUUUUACCAGCCCAAUAAUGUGUGCUAAUACAGAGUUAGAAAUGAUAACUUAAAAUUUUAAGUUAUUACUACAAAGUGAAAAAAGCACUUAUAUGCUUCAAAAUAAACAAAAGUGCAGGUUUAUUUUAAGCAGACUUGCCUUUGCAUUUAAUCAAUGUUUCAGUCCAACUACCUUGACAUAUUAAGGAAAGCUUGGUAAUGGGACUGAAAUGGUGAAUGUAUGUAGUGCACAGCUGUAAAAAAUGACGUUAUCUUGUUUAUUUUGAAGUCCUAUAGGUGCGCUCUUCACUUUAAAUAUGUUAUUGUGCUGGAGUAUGCACCUAGCAACAAGACUGGGCCAAUAUCUGCUCAUUACAUGCACAUUAAUAUAUGUGUAAAUAUUAUAGGCAUAAUUAUAUAUAUAUAUAUAUAUAACUAAUACACACAUUAAUAUACAUGUCAUAUAUAUAUAUAUAUAUAUAUAUAUAUAGCCCCCAUGUGUGUCUCUUUCUACCUUCAGCCCCUCUGUGUGCCUCUUUGUCUCCCCCAGUCCCUCUGUAUGUUUCUUUCUCCCCCUCACUGCUCCAUGUUUCCCCUCUCCUUCCCAGUCUCUCUCUUCCCCCUGUCUCUUUUUCCCCUCCCCCUGUGUUUCUCUCUUUUCACCCUGUUUCUUUCUCCCCCCCUCCCCUGUGUCUAUCUCUUCCCCUUAGUCUCUUUGUCCCUCCUUUCCCUGUGUCACUCUCUCUUCCCCCCUCUGUCUCCUCCUUCCCCUCCCCCUGUGUCUCUCUAUUCUCCCACUAUCUCAUUCUUCCCUCUUUCCCCAUGUCUCUCUUUCUCCCCCCUCCCCUUCUGUGUCUCUAUUCCCUUUCUGUCUCUUUCUUCCCCCUCCCAUUUACCAAAAGAAGCCAGCGGGGGCCGGACACGGUCCACGCUGGUGGUGCCGGGCCGGGUGGCCGCGUCGCCGGUCCGGCUUUACACUCACUAAUGCUGACAGCAGUGAGUUGUCAGCAUAGGAGAACUGAAGGUGGGAGCAUGUCUCUCUAUCCUGCUUCCUCGUGGUUCCCACAAUUCCCAGCACAGCCACAUCAUACUGUGCUGGGAAUUGUGGGAACCGCGAGGGAGCAUGAUAGAGAGACAUGCUCCCUCCUUCGGUCCUCCUAUGCUGACUGCUGUCAGCAUUAGUGAGUGUGAGGCCGGACCGGCAGCACCAGUGUGGAAUGCGGCCAGCCCCCUCAGAGUGUGCCACCGGACUGGCCACCCGGUGGCAGCCCUCAGGUGCCACGGCCCACUGGGAAAUUUUCCAGUAUCCCGUGGGCCAGUGAGGCCCUAGCAGCAUGUGUGAACCAUGUAUUUUUUUUCAUUGAGAAGCCGGCAUGUACGUGCAUGAACAUUCUUUCCCUCCCCUGAUUCCUCUCCUGCAACUGUCAUUGAAAAAACAAAAAUAAAAAACACCCACUAAGCCCUCCGUGAAUACUUUUCUAGCAACCAAGUUUUCUGCCCUAUCCUUACCUUUUGUGUCACUAUACCCCACUCCCCGGAAGCAUGUGACCUCACUGAGCAGGGCCCUCAAACCCUCUGUUCCUGUGCAUCUAACUAGUCUGGCUACAAAUACGUGUCUGUCAGUCGAUCCAUUGUACAGCGUUGCAGAAUUUGUUUGUGCUUUAUCAGUAAUAAUAUGACACGCGUCUCUUUAGAAUCUCAAGCAAAAUAGCCAUAAGUCAGAAAUACUAAACAUUUCAGUGCCUCCUUGCUCCCUUUAGAUGUUAGAUAGCCUAUAGAAUCCGAAUUGAGAUCUUGGGCACUUACGCAUUUCUCCACUAUUCCUGACGGAUUACCAUGUGGGUUCUUCCAGUCGCUUAAUUCCUGAAUUAUGUACUAAGAGUGAACAAGGAAGAAGCCAUGGCUAAAAUGAGGCUAAGCCUUACCCUCACUCAUCAUAUAUUACAGGGCAACUCCUCCUUCCUAUAAUUAAAACAUAGAAAUAUAGAAUGUGACGGCAGAUAAGAACCAUUUGGCCCAUCUAUUCUGCCCAAUUUUCUAAAUACUUUCAUUUGACCCUGGCAUUUUCGUAUAGCUAGGAUAGCCUUAUGCCUAUCCUACACAUGCUUAAACUCCCUCACUGUGUUAACCUCUACCACUUCAGCUGGAAAGCUAUUUCAUGCAUCCACUACCCUCUUAGUAAAUCUAGUCUCCUCCUUUACUGUGUUGAUUCCUUUUAUGUAUUUAAAUGUUUCUAUCAUAUCCCCCCUGUCUCGUCUUUCCUUCAAGCUAUACAUGUUAAGAUCCUUUAACCUUUCCUUAUACGUUUUUAUCCUGUAAUCCAUGAAGCAGUUUAGUAGCCCUUCUCUGAACGCUCUCUAGAGUAUCAAUAUCCUUCUGGAGAUACGGUCUCCAGUACUGCGUACAAUACUCCAAGUGAGGUCUCACCAGUGUUCUGUACAAUGGCAUGAGCACUUCUCUCGUUCUACUGGUAAUACGUCUCCCUAUACAACCAAGCAUUCUGCCAGCAUUUCCUCCUGCUCUAUUACAUUGUCUGCCUACCUUUAAGUCAUAUGAAAUAAUUACCCCUAAAUCCCUUUCCUUAGAUGUUGAGGUUAGGACUCUAUCAAAUAUUUUAUACUCUGCCCGUGGGUUUUUACAUCCAAGAUGCAUAAUUAUAUAUAUAUAUGCACUUAUCCAUAUUAAAUGUCACCUGCCUCAGCUCUGACCAUUUUUCUACUUUACCUAAAUCAUUUGCCAUUUGUCUUAUCCCUCCUGGAACAGCAACCCUGUUACAUAUCUUAGUAUUAUCAGCAAAAAGACAUACCUUACCAUCAAGAUCUUCUGAAAUAUCACUAAUAAAAAUAUUAAAGAGGGUGGGCCCAAGUAUAGAUCCCUGAGGUACCUCACUGGUAACUAGACCAUGCUUCGAAUAUACUCCAUUGACUACAACCCUCUGUCGCCUGUCAAUCAGCCACUGCCUUACCCAUUCAAUAAUAUUGGAAUCCAAACUUAAGGAUUGCAGUUUAUUGAUAAGCCUUCUAUUUGCAACAGUGUGAAAAGCCUUACUGAAAUUUAGGUAAGCAAUGUCUACUGCACCACCCUGAUCAAUUAUUUUAGUCACCCAAUCAAAAAAAAUUAAUAAGAAUAGUUUGGCAUGAUCUCCCUGAAGUAAACCCAUGUUGUCUCUGAUCUCAAAAUCCAUGUGAUUUUAGAUGUUCAGCAAUCCUAUCCUUAAACAUGGUUUCCAUUACUUUCCCCACUACUGAAGUAAGUAUUACUGGUCUAUAGUUGCCCGACUCCUCCCUACUACCUUUCCUGUGAAUGGGCAAAACAUUCGAUAACUUCCAUCUUCUGGGACUACUCUUGAUUUAAACAUAGAAUGUGACGGCAGAUAAGAACCAUUUGGCCCAAAACUGGUUGUCACAACUCCCAACACAAAAAACUGAACAAAUUUUGAAACUAAUAUAAGUCCCGUCUGGCUUCCUGCCCUAUGGCUGGAAAGAGCACAGCCCCACUCAUUGGUGCAGCCCUACACAUUUGGUUCCGUAUACGAUUCUAGUAAGCGUUUACCACUUUGCCCAACCUACCAUCCCAAUUUUGCACAACUUAGCCUUUUUGCGUAAUCCCCAGGUGCCUCAAUCACUUCUCAUCUCAAUGCCUUUUCCUGUCAGUGGGCUUAAACAUGUAUCCCAUUUAUGGGACUUUUAUGCCACGACAUUGACGUAAUUUCAUUACCUCUAGUUACAACAUUUUGAUUGAUUCCUACACCAAGAAUCCUGAAGAUCUUCACAGAUCUGUGACAUCCUUUGAGCAACUCUGUUCUCUGGGUGAACUCUGUAGAGGUGUCUCCAAACUAUACAAGCUGCUCUUACUGAGUGACCUUCUAAAUCUGCCCAGGUACAUAUGUAAUUGGGGUGGGUUUUCAGCCAAAAACAAUAGACAAAAGAUUUAAUCUUAAAUCUUCAGAGCAACCUCUGCUUACAGAUACAGUGAGCUAACUUCAAACUUCUUUCAGGAUCGUACAGGACUCCCAAACUACUGCACACAAUAUACUGCAGCUCGCCUAGAUCUUGUUGGUGUUGUUGCACCGGAGAGGGAACGUUUCUGCAUAUAUGGUGGCAGUUCUCCCAGUUAAUGCUAUUCUGGAGGUACAUCCACUGGAUUUUGUGCCAUCUACUUGAGAACCCUCUCCAGCCCAGCAGAGUACUUACUUAAUUUAAUCAAAUAGCCAAUUUCUUGUUAUAAAAAAAGAAAUUUAUCUCGUUAAUCAGCUGUUGAGCACUGCUAAAAUCUUGAUCUUGGCCCUCUGAUGUUCUAUAAAUGGCAAAAGUUGAGUAAAUUGAAUGAGCAAAUAAAUAAUUUAGUCGAUCAGAAACAAAAGAAGCAUUUCUUUACCUGGAUCCCGUGGCUCACAUACCUUAUUGAGGAAUACCUGGUGUGAUGAGCGUUGAGCCACAGAAGAUGAGGUUUCUUCCUCUUUGUUGCCCUUCCUUUCAACCCAUCUCCUCUUCUUCCUUUUCCCGUCCUUCUCACAUUCUCCCCUGUUCUUCCUCAACUAGACAUGUGGUUUAGCUCCAGCUUUUGUUAAUCCCUUUCAUAUCUUAAGUAUUUACAUCAUGAAACAUUAUCUUUUUUUUUUUUUUUCUUUCGGUUUUCACUUAAUAUGCAUAUUAUGCAAAAGAUGGGUAACGUGGGAUGGGGUACACGGAGAGAAAAAAGGGGGGGGGGAGGGCGACAUGCAUAAACAUUGUAUCAUAGCCAUACAAAAAGUAUUAGUAAUAACAUCUAUCCAUAGAGUUGUAUAUUCGUCAUUAGACACAAUUUACCAGCUUCUGACUAUAAUACAUAUAUACAUAUAUACAAUGGCAGUUUUAUUCAAGUUAGCCUGAUACAUUCUAAGGCACUAAUUUGCAUCUGUCCGCCCUAACUUUUGGACCUCCGGGGCGGGAGGGGAGAAUGGUGGGGGAUUAGCGAGGUUGUGCUAUGGCAUAGAGUAUUUAUUAUAUUGUGUUGGUGUUGAAGAGAAGUGCAAAAGGGAAAAUGGUCAGUUAGAAGCUGUUACACGGUGUUAGCUUGGGAAGCCCUUUUUUACUGAGGAGCUUGGUAGAGUGUCAAAAAUGCCGCAUCGUCUUUCAUGUCUUUCCAUAUCUAUAGUCCACCCAUCUACGCCACCUUGUUUCAUGUCUACUCUGCCUCUCAGUGAUACGGCUUGCCAUGUGUUCGUAAUUAUAUAUCGAGUCUAAUCUGCCCAGAAUUUCUGAUAGCGUGGGCACCUGUGUGGAUUUCCACUUUUGGGCAAUCGCAGUUUUAGUUGCCAUUAGGCAAUGGAUCGUUAAAUAGCUUUCCUCUUCGUGAAGCUUGUCUGGGAAAAUGUGUAAUAAAAAGCUUUCUGGUGUCAGUGGGACCUUGAUCCCUAAAUCCGUACAAAAAAGUGUGUGAAUAGCCUUCCAUAAUGAUGUGAUCUGUGUACAUGUCCAAAAUAUAUGAUAUAGGGAUCCCUCUUGAUUUUGGCAUCUCCAGCAGAGUUUGUUCGCAUCAGGGUAUAUGUGUGCCAAUUUUUUGGGGACCAGGUACCAACGCAUAGUUAGUUUACAGUAGGUUUCCCACUGGUUGAGGCUGUGUGAGGCCUGCUUUGUUAACUUCUGAGCCUGAUGCCACGUGGCUACUGGGAAUUGUAUUCCCAGGUCCAGUUCCCAGUUUGUCAUGUAGGAAGGUUUUGUUGCCGUAUAUUGGGUAAGAAGUGUAUUGUAGCAGAGGGAUAGUGCUUUAACCUUGGGAAGUUUCCCCUUACACUUAUGGACAAAUGGUGGUAUGAGGUUAUAUUCUUUCAUGGUAAUCCGGCUUUCCUGAAUAAUAUUCUUUAGCCUCAAAUAGGUGAAUAGUUCCCUGGCUGGGAUAUUAAAUUCCCUAACAAUUUCGGGGAAUGGUUUGACGCCCUCUUGGGUUAGCAAGGAACGUACCCCUGAGAUCCCCCGGCUAAGCCAGUUUUCUAGCUGUAGGUUCGUCGUGCGGGUGGCCAAGGCUUGAAGUGGGGCCUCAAGGAGUAGGUCAUUCUCCUUGAGGAAUAGAGGAAUAGUUUGUCUCCAAGUCCGGAGCAUUAUCCCCGUGGUUGGGAGCAGAUUUUUUGAUUGUAAUGGUAUUGAGCUAGCCCAGAGGAACAUUGGAAUCGUGCCAGUGGGCAGACAAGCGUUUUCCAACGCCAGCCACACCGGAGGGGACUUCCUCUCAAGGAUCGUGAGACCCUGUGCCAUUAAUGAGGCUUUGUGGUAUAAUUUAAUGUUGGGUACGCCCAGUCCGCCUUUUGUGAAUGAACGCCAAAGAGAGUUUUGUGUUAUUCGUGGGGGCUUACGUUUCCAAAUGUGUGCAUUGAUCUUGGCCUGAAAGUUCCUCAAUAUCGGGUUCGGGAUUGUAAUAGGCAGGGUGCGAAAGAGAUAUAGAAUGUGUGGUAAAAUCAUCAUUUUAAUGGUAUGAAUGCGCCCAAGCCAGGAGAUUUCCUUGUCCUCCCAGGAUCGGAGCUGUUGAUCUAGUUUAUGUAAGAGUGGCGUAUGGUUUUCCUUUAUUGUCAAUGUGUGUGAAAUUGGCAGUUUUAUGCCCAGAUAUGAGAUGGAGGAUUUCCUCCAGUCAAACGGGUACAGUGUUUUAAGGUGUGAGAGGAGGGUAUGGGGCAACCCCAAUGCCAACGCUUGUGUUUUUUUGGCGUUAUUCUUGUAGUAAGACAUCUUACCGUAUCUUCCUAGUAGUGUUAGCAAGGAUGGUAGUGAUGUCUCAGGGUGUGUUAUAAAAAGGAGAACAUCAUCUGCGAAAAGGGCUAUUUUUUGCUCUCCUAUAGGCGUUGAUAGGCCCGUAAUAUUGUGGUCGGAUUUAAUAUGUCUGAUUAGGGGUUCCAUACAGAGAAUAAAGAUUAGAGGAGAGAGCGGACACCCUUGUCUAGUACCAUUUGUGAUAUGAAAAGGUUGUGAUAGGAAUCCGGAGUUGAAUAUUUUGGCUGACGGCUUGGAGUAUAAGACCAUUAUGCCUUUCAGGAAUUCUAGAGGGAAGCCCAUGUAAGUCAGUACAGAUCUCAUGUAUGUCCAAUUCAAGCGAUCAAACGCUUUUUCCGCGUCUAGGGCUAAUAGUAAGCCCUUCUGGUUAGUAUUUUGGGCCCAGGUAGUUAAGUUUAAAAAAUGGCGCGUAUUGUCCCCAGGUUGUCUGUUCGGGACGAAGCCUGCCUGUUCCAGAGAGACCAAAUCCUGUAGAAUGGGUUGGAUGCGUGAGGCUAGUAGUUUGGCAUACAAUUUUGUGUCAGCAUUCAGCAGCGAAAUAGGCCUUAGGUUGGCGCAUUCCGUAGGGGGUUUACCCGGCUUAGGGAGUGUAACAAUAUGGGCUAGCAACAUCUCUUCUGGCAUGGAGCCUGAGUCCCUAAAGAAAUUGAAAAGGUCUGUAAGGUAUGGUGUGAGUUGUGCUUCGAAUACGUGGUAAAAGCGGUUGGGAAACCCAUCUGGCCCCGGGGCUUUGUGUUUGGGUAACUUUAAUAUAGCUUGGCGCACUUCAUCUUCCGUGAACUUAGCUAACAAUGUCUGCCUUUGAUGUACAGACAUGCAUGGCAGAUUUGCCUCACCCAGAAAGGUGUCUAUUUCAGGUUCUAGUGGUUGGUGUAAUGAUGUAUCUUGUGUAAGGUUAUAUAGGCUUCUAUAAAAGUUCGCUAAUUCGCCCACUAUGUCCUGCGGGUUAAAUAAUUUUGUGCCCGUGGCCGAGGUCAUGUAUGGGAGUUUUGUUUGUAUGUACCGUGCUUUUAGACGAUUUGCUAGCACUUUGCCUGCUUUAUUGCCUUGCAUAUCAUGAAACAUUAUCUAAUGGAAUUCGCCUUAUCUUCUCCAACUUUUUUUUGACACUGUAGAAACAAUUAUGCCAUGAUACGGAUAUCUCUUUGACAUGGUUCACAUGCCAAUGUAGACUUUUUUUUUUUCACCUGAUCGUGAGCUUGUCACUUUCCUGGAUAUUCACUGAGCCUCUAUACCAUGGGUCCUCAAACUCUGGCCCCCCAGAUGUUGCUGAACUACAACUCCCAUGAUUCUUUGAAUUACAUAGAUAGCCAGAGAAUCAUGGGAGUUGUAGUUUAGCAACAUCUGGGGGACCGGAGUUUGAGGACACAUGCUCUAUACCAUUAUUUUGUUUCUAUGUCAUCCCCUGCUUUGAAAGCCUUUUAUUCUCGUUAUAAAAUGUUUUCAAAAUACAUACUGUAUUGUUUUUUGGGUCAGGAGCAGAAAAAGAUUGGGCUGAUGCAGAACUUUGCCUUGGCCCUUUAAACCAUGGUAAGUUUUAGCUUUGGGGGGGGGGUGUUGGGACAGGUCAGGAAGGGUUACUCCAACCAAAAACCGCCAUUUCAUUAAGACACCGUGUUUUUGUUAGAGUAACCUUUUAAGUAGCCCUUAAGUUCUUUAAGUGAGUUUACAGUCUGGAAUGGUAACAGUUUUUUUUGUUUUUAUGGAAAUCACAUAUUAGAGCAUGCAAAGAUAAUGAGUAAAAUAAAUGUACAAUCAGUAAAAUUCUAUAGUUUACAUAGUAAACAUGUGAGUAACAGUAUUCAGUGUACGUUAUUGUAAAUUGGGAUAAAAAAAAAAAGUAUUGUAGAAGAGCAUAAAAACAGGGGCAGGGGAGAAUGAGUACUAAAUGCAUAGGGAUAGUAAACGAUGGGGACAUGACUAUUUACAAAGAUGUAUCUUAAGGCCAUGCUCAAGUGUAUUAAUGAGUUCCACUCACCAGGGCAGUUACAUGGUGACUAUCAUACAAAGUCUUUAGAAACAGUAUGUCUUUAUGUCCAAAUAUCAUAUGUUGAAUCAUAUGAUGAUGUCUAUGUAUUUCCUGCAGACAUGGUCCUCGCACACCUGGUGACAGUGGCUCUUCUGGAAGCGCAGAAGAAUUUUCUAUCAGCUCAUCUUUCAACAAUCAGAAAGGCCACAGUGCAGGUGACGAUAUGGGUGAAAGGGACAAGGAAAAAAGAUAAUUGUUUUGAAAAUCAGAAAAUGUUGGAGUAGGUUGUUUAUUGGAUUUUCUUCCUAAUCGUUCCCUCUUUUUGUCACAGCAUCUUACCAUGCAGAGAAAGGAUCUUCAGAUGACAACCUACCAUGCUGCCCAGAACCCAGUGAGUGGGAUGUAGCAUCCUUGUUAUGUACUACAUUGGUUUUACAUUUGUCUCCAGGACCCUAAAGUCCUGAAGCACAGGUUGAAAAGUCUGUGAUUUUCUUAUAAAGAAGGUCACAUCUGUGCCAACCACACCUACACCUGUUCUUCUCUCAGUUGAUCUUAAACAUGGAGGACUAAAUGAACACCCCACCAACACCACCACAGGAAAUGGAAGGACAAAACUAAACGUAAACAGCAUUUUAACCUUAAUUAAAUAAUAUUUGCUAAAAGCUACAAAGUGCCAUCAUAAAACUAAAAAUAGUAAAUAACAAAAUUAACUGAAACAAAUGAAAAGGAUAUACAUUAGAUCUGUCGACCAGUCUAAAACAUUUUUUUACACAGUUAAGAGGAAUAGUCACAUUCAGCGGCUAAGGGAAAUAGAGCUUAUGUAGCUUCCUAAUACAUUAAUACAGAGACUAUUUAGUGUAUCAAUGGUACAAUGUAGCUCUUAAUUGUUACCAGUAGAGUGUGCUGUCAAGUAAAUUGUGAUCCGAUGGUCACUAGUGUGAUCGAUAAAUAUUGAAAUUUGCUAACCUAGUUGCUCUUUGAGCGCAGUGGAAUUACUGCAGAACACAAUUAUUUAUAUAGCACCAACAUGUUCCGCAGUGGUGUACAAUAUGUAAACAAAAUAUGUUUGGCAUACAGGAACAGUAGGCAAGAGGGCUCUGCCCAAAUGAGCUCACAAUCUACCUUGUAACAGAAAGUUACCUUCUAACUUUUAGUAGGCAGUCACACAGAUAUGUGCUUUUUCCAAGCUCUUCAAGAGUGAUCUCCAGAAAUAUGCAUUAGAGUGCUGAAUGUUGAGUUUGUGUGACAGCCACCUUUAUGGUUAUUUAGACCUUAAUGCCAGCUUAGUGUCUUGCCCAGUAGUUAGUCUCCUUAUCCUGUAAAGGAGUCUAUACUCUUGCUGCAUUAUGUUAUUUUGUAAGUGCAUGUGUUACUGAACCAUUGCAAAUAUAGGGUUGCAUGGCAUACGUAAUAAAUGCAGAGAGGGGCCUUUUCAGUUGUUUUCUCCUACUCAUUUAAACUGCAUUCUCUGCAAAGGGAUUUGGCUCGAAUUACAAACUAACUUCCUUAUAAAGUUAAAUUAUGAGGCAAAAAUUUGGUUCUUUAUUUAGCUCAUUUGCAUACACCUACCCAGAAUCCCUUGCAGUAGCGAGAGCACUGUUAAAGUGAGAUUUCUGUAGAAAAAACAAGUCUUAUGGCUUGACUGGUGUGUGUAUUUGUGUUUAGCAAUGUAUUAACUAUCCACUUACUUCAGAUGGAAAGGGUUUUCAUCCACAUUUCUUUCCCCACCACAAGUUUGUUGGUAUGUUCUUUAUUUAAAGCUGCACUGUCAUGCUGAACUUAACUUUCCCUAAUCGCUUCCUCUUCUCUUCCUCUCUCGGGAUCUGUUCUUCAUUUCUUCCUGUCCGCUCUAGUUUUCUUUAAAACAUAAAACAACGUAAGUGUAAAAAUAUAAAAAUAACCCCACCCAGGUGACUAGGGGUCCCCAAGACCCUAGUCACCCCCCACCCCUACCCAAAUAAAAUUAAAUAAAGCCCUACCUUCCCUCUUCACCCUAAGAUAGUGAGGGGGAGACAAUAAAACUAAAUACCUGUAAAUAAAAAAAUACUUACCAUUUGAUGUCUACUUUUUUCUAAAACCUUCUUUUUUCAGCCCCAAAAAAGGCCCAAAGAAAAAAAACAUAAUAUCCGUCGAACUUCUAAAAUAAAACAAAAACAAUAGAUCCCCCCCACCCCAUUUUCAUUUAGGGCCCCCACCUGCCGCUCAUGGGUGGGGACCGGGGGGAGGACAAUCGGCAAUAGGUACCCCCAUUGACAUUUAGGGCCCCCACCCAUCGCUAAUGGGUGGAGGCUGUAGGGCAGACCAUAGUUCCCCGCCACCCCCCAUUGUCAUUUAGGGCCCCCACCCACCGCUCAUGGGGCCGGGGGAGGCAAUGGGUGUUCCCCCAUGGGUGUCUCACCCCUGCUCAUGGAUGGGGGCCUAGGGGAGGACAAUAGGUGUCCCCCAUUGUCAUUUAGGGCCCCCACCCAUCACUCUAGAGUGGGGGAUGGAGGGGAGGACAAUAGGUGUUCCCCCCAUUUUCAUUUAGGGCCCCCACUGCUUAUGGGUGGGGGCCGGGGGGUAGGGCAAUAGGUUCCCCCCUCCAUUUUUAUUUAGGGCCCCCACCUACCGCUCGUGGGUAGGGGCCGGGGGGGGGGAGGGGAGUGGGACGGGACAAUAGGUCCAAGAUGGCGGCGCACAGGACCUAGGUUCUGGCUUAAAAUAAAGAUGAAAAAAUAGGUCAUAUGGGGGUGACUAGGGGUGCAAUUAGAUGUAGUGGAGUCAGGAGGGGGGGUUAGAAAAAAACAGAUGCGGCCAUGACAGUGCCGCUUUAACAAAGAGUAAUCUUGGCUUGUCAUGGUCAGGUCACAGCCUGCUAACUAACAGCACACUCUACUGGCAGGGGCGUUUUAGCCGCGAGGCAAACAAGGCAUUUGCCUUGGGCGUCAUUUUUCAGGGGGCGGCAAAAAACGACGCCCCCCAAAUGCCCAGGCAAAUGCCUUGUUAGCCUCGCGACUAACUGACAUGCCGGGGGCUGGGCUGGCGGGCGGCGCUGGGCGGGCGGCUGGCGAGGGAGCUCUUCCCCUGAGCGGUCUGCUCAGCUCCCUCGCGCGCUGCAGAGUGAGGCUGGGAGCCGGAAGAUGUCGAUGCCUAGGGCAGCACAAAACCAGGAUACACCACUGUCUACUGGCAACACUUAAGAGCAUUAUACCAAUGAUAUAUGUAAUUAAAGGACAAAUGUCACCUCAAAACUAUUUUAAAGAAUUCUUUAUUUUCAAGGUUUCACCUGUAAACAUGGGGUACAGAAUGAAGAAAAGGGGAGGGGGUACAAGUGCAAUCCUUCUAAUUAGGUGAGUUACAAUUCGAUUUUACAGGAAUAGGGGUAGAGGGUGGGAUACCGUUGUUGUUGGUGUGUCGGUUGACAUUUGUGAACGUAUCGUGCAUUGGCGUCGAGGGGGUGGGUUGUGAGUCGGUGGCCUUGUGUAUGGGUUGGUGCCUUGUACUUCUGGGGGGUUGCAGAGGUGGGUGAGUGGGAGAAGGAGAGGGGGUUGUGUUGCCGUUCGUGGCUCUCUGCGGUCUCAAUGCAGCCUGUUCCUUGUGGCCCGGUGUGGGGUUGGUCGCAGUGGAUGGGCUUUGAGCUGUCAGAGUCCGUAGUCUGUGGUGGGCGCCCUAGGGUGGGAGCCUGCCCGGGGGGGUAAGAGUUCUGUGGUGGGGAUUGGGGAGGAAUGGGCGUGAGGAUGUUGGUCCUCCGUGGGUGUAAGGUAGUGAGGGGUUGGUGUAGUGAAGGGGCUGGAGUGCCGUUGUUCCCAAUUGAGUUUCCUGUUGUUUGAGGUGGGGAUUGAGGUGUUGGGUCGGAGAGGGGAUAAUAUCGAUUGUGCAGUUGUCAGUGGUCUGGCGGGGGGUUUGGGGGUUAGGGAGUGUUCGUGAGGUGGUGUCUGAGAGGGGACCUGGAGAAGGGGAGUGGGACGACUGUCUUCCGGAUUUAGGGGGAAUUAGGGGUGGGUCAAUCUAUAUAUGACCCAGGGGUCCCAUAUUUUGUUGUGGUGAUGGGUCGUUUCGUGAAGUAGGGCCGAGAGAUUGUCCAUCUCCCUUGCUUCCUCUAUUUUUUUGAUGGUCGUGUCCAGGGUGGGGAUGUGUUUGUUGCCCCAUUGUUCUGCGAUUGUGCGUCGCGUGGCCAAGGCGAUUUUGGCUAGUAAUUUAUUUUGUGCCCUAAACAGGGGGGUAUGGGGUUUGGAUAGUAGCCAGAUCCAUGGGUCUAGUGGGAUCUUCAUGUGGAGGAGAGCUGAUGUUAGGUCCGCUACCUUUGUCCAUAGUUGUGUUAUGUGUGGGCAGUGCCACCAGGCGUGAAUGUAGGUGCCCUGGGACCCGCAGCCUUUCCAGCAGUCGUCUGUGGUCGAGCAUUUCAUUUGCUUCAACCGCAGGGGCGUCAGGUACCAUCGUAGGAGCGUUUUAUAGGCCUGUUCUCUGUGGUUAACGCAUAUGGUGAGGGAAGCAGUUGCCUCCCAUAUUGCCGGCCAAUCUGACGGGUCUGUGGGGGGGCCGAUAUCCCUUUCCCACGUUUUGGUGUAUGCGAGUGCUUCCAUCGGGGAGGCGGAGUUCAGUUGGAGGUAAAUGCAGGAGAUUUGGCCUUUGCGUAUCGGAGAGUGUAUGCAGUCGUGUUCGAAUUGGGUCAUGGUGGUGAUGGCUGUAGAGGAGUGGAGGGGGUGUUGGAGGAAGCUGCGGAUCUGAAGGUAGCGGAAGUGGUCAAAGGUGGUCAGUGGUGUGUGCCCUGGUAGGUCUGAGAAUUGGAGCAGGUGAUUGGAUUGGAAGAAGUGGUAGAAACGGAAGAGCUCAUUGUCUUCGAAGUGCGCGAAGUCUCUGGGGUUCAUCCCGGGGGGGAAUUGUUUGUUCCGUAGGAUUGGGGUUAGGGGUGAGGGGGAGUUAACUAGUUUGGUUUUCUGUAUGGUCUUAUCCCAAAUCUGAAAAGAGGUGUUAAGGGCUGGGGACGUUUGUGGAGUGGAGGGUCUGGAUUGUUUGGGGACCCAGAGGAGUAGUGAGGGAUGGUCCCUUCCCAGUAGGUCAUGUUCGAGAUCUACCCAUAUCUUUAAUCCUGGGGGGGCAUGUAGGUGUUGUAUUUGUGUCAAUUGGGCCGCCUGGAAAUAGUGUAGAAAGUUGGGGAGCCCCAGACCCCCUGUUUUCGUGGUUUUGUACAUUGUGGAUCUCCGUAUCCUGGGUUUUCUGUUAGCCCAAAUGAUAUUCUCCUCACACUUACAAACCCACGCCAAUCCAUACCUCCCCUACUGGCUCUAUUGGACGAAUACGCGGCAGUCUCAGGGUACAAAUUAAACUUAGACAAAACCGAAUCACUCCCAAUUGGGAUACCGGAACGUGACCUGAACGACUUACGACGCUCACACCCAUUCAAGUACAACGACACUGACAUCCCAUAUCUCGGCAUAUCUCUGCCGGCCAACCCCGACUCCACGUACGAAUUGAACUACCCCCCCCUUAUUCGCCAGGCCUAUACAGACCUCCAGACCUGGACAACCAUGCCCAUCUCAUGGAUGGGGAGGAUAGCCUCCAUUAAAAUGAACUUACUCCCAAGAUUCCUGUACCUAUUCCAGACCCUACCCAUCCCCAUUGUCCGAAAGGACUUCAAAGCACUCAAAACUAUUUUAAUGUAAUCUUUUCAUCAAAUUCAUCAAGAAAAUAUAUAUUUUUUAAAUGAAGUAUAUGUAAAGAAAUGAGAAAAACAGGACCCUUUAGCCAUAUAGAUGCACCUUGGAUCAGGCAGCGUUUGAUAAAUGACAGUUAGUCUCUAUGGUUCUCCCUGCUUCACUCCCUGCAUAGAAGCAGUGAAGACCAUAGAGAUUAACUGUUGUGAUAUUUUUUUUACAUGUAUUCAUUAAAAAAAAAAUCUAUUUCCCUUCAAAACUUGAUGAAAGGAAUAUUUUAUUAAAAAUAACUUUGAGAUGACAGUUGUCCUUUAAAGAGAAUUUGCCACCACUCACCUCUGCCUCCCCCAACGCGAUCUCAUUACAUAGGUAGGCGUUAAAAAAAGUAACACCUCCCUCUGGUUCAUCCUCGCUCCUCUGGCUCUCUUCACUGACACUUCCCAAGCAGAGCAAACCUCCUCCAUGACGCUGAUAUGCUGGCUUCAUUGGCCUUGCCCCCCCAGCAUGCCAGUUCUAUCAACGCCGGCUAGUGAGGUGGUUGCUAUGCAUGGAGUCCAGAAGGACUGCCUAUGGGUGGUCUCGUCUGCUGUAAUUUAUCAAUCAUUUCCUUGACAUAGAGUCUGCGCUAAAGAAUUGAUUGACUGAAUUGAUUGAAAACUGCUAGUGCUAUGUAUAGAUGACAUCCCAUGCUCUUUAAAAAGAUCUAAAGUAAUUUAGGAUAUUGCAGGCAACCUUUAAGCAUAUCAGGAGCGUACAUUUUCCCAUUCCCCCCUAUUGAAUGUAUUUUUCUGUCUGAUUUCUGUAAAGAUUUUUAGUCAAGUUAAAGGGACACUAUAGUUACCAGGACAACUACAGCUUAAUGUAGUUGUUCUCGUGUGUAUGGUAUAUCCCUGCAGGCAUUUUAAUGUAAACACUGCCUUUUCAUAGAAAAGAAACCCCUCUAGUGGCACUCACUCAAACGGCCACCAGUAGUGCUUCCUGGGUAGGACCCUCAGCGUCAGUUUCUUUUUGGGAGGUUUAUUCGUUUAGUUAGUUUCUCAGUAUGUUCUAGUGAGCUCUAUCUCCGUGUUAGGACCUUAAACAAAUAUACUGUUGGGGAGGGCUGACAGCUUGCUAUAGAGUAUAAUUUUCAUUGAGUGCUGUUAGUACAUAAUUUAAAGGAGCUCUACUAGUUCUGCUAGGAAAUAUGUGUUACAUGAUCCUUAUUCUUAGUAUUAAAAUAAUAGCCAAAAUGUUAGAGACUACCCUCAGAGAUCAAAAUGCAUGCUGUUUGCCUAAAAAAAAAAAGGCUGUUGACAUCAUCAGAAGUGGUAGCCUGAUCCAAUCACAGUGCUUCCCCAUAGGAUUGGCUGAGACUGACAAGGAAGCAGAUCAGAGGCAGAGCCAGCAUGAUUCAAACACAGCCCUGGCCAAUCAGCAUCUCCUCAUAGAGAUGAAUUGAAUCAAUGAAUCUCUAUGAGGAAAGUUCAGUGUCUGCAUGCAGAGGGAGGAGAUACUGAAUCACAGGAUGCUCGUGCACAGCAGAUCUGAGUGGAAGGAGGCAUAUUAUGCCUCCAUCAACUCAAACGUCCCUCUGGUUCACUCUGAGUGACUGCAACUGGAGGUGUUCCUAGCUUUCAAUGCAAACACUGUAUUUUCUCAGAAAAUACAGUGUUUACAUGAGAAAGGCUGCAGGGAGCUAUAGUUCUUGUUCAGGUGACUAUAGUGUCCCUUUAAUUACUUCACAUCUGGAACCAUUCCUGCUUACAAUAUCCAAUUUGUGUUCUACAGAAAUCCACAAAAAUCUAGAUAUUUUCCUAGAUGUGUGGUUCUUGGAAUGUGGGUGCAUUUGCUUUUCCAGUUAAUAUAUUGGGGUUUCUGGUGGAGGUCACUUCCACUGUACAAUUCAAGAGGUGGAGGGUUGGGAACAAUAUAGUUCUAAUUCUAUGACUGCACUAUAAAAUUUAAGUAAUAACAUUAUUGUUGUUGGGUUUGAAAUAUGUUGCAGUAUGAGUAUGUAAAACUUUAUAUUAACAGUAUUUAUCUCUCAUCAUAACAGUUAUUUUUACCCUCAGACCUCCUGUAGCAUCGGUUCUCUAGCCUCCCUGUUCCUCACACUACAUUUCUUUGCCUGUGUAUUUCAAAUUAAUCUACUUUUCUAUUAAAUCUAUUCUCCUUACUGCGAAAAUGUUUCAAAUAGCAAUUUAAUAAGCAUCCAGUUUGAUGAACGCAUGUGUCAGCUGACAUUUAAUUGAUCAUGUUGAUCACAACCAGUGUAAUUUCCCAAUGCAUGAUGGGUCACAAUGUGUCUUAAGCAUGGCAAUUAACCUUCUCUCUCUCUCUUUCUCUUUUUUUUCCUCUUUUUCACUCAAUAUUUUUCCCUCACAACUUCAUAUAUCAUUUUCUUUCAUGCACCUGACACCCAAUAAUCUUUCUCUGUUAUUCAAAACUUUAUUUCAAAACUGUUAUCUCCACUAAUCGACACUUUCCAACUGUCCUAUGACUCCGCUUUUUUACCCUUUCAUUAUUUUCUUUGUGACUUGUCUAUGCUACAUAACGUAAUGACAUAAUCCAAUUUUUUUUCUUGUACCAUUACUCUCUUGUUCCUAAUUUUUCUGUCCUCUCACUAUCAUUUUUCCAUUCUAUUUACUCAUUCAUUCCCACCUGUUAUUCUUUUCCUUUAUUCCUUACACUCUUUAUUCCCAUUUUGUCAUCAUCAUCAUCAUAUACUUUCACACACUUUCUGCCCAACACCAAAAACACUUUUUUUCACCUUGUUGUGGACCCAUUCACGUGCAACCUACAAUCCCCUACUCCGCGUGGCCUCUGGGCAGGUUUGAUGCUGUCUGCUCCCCCCGUAGUGCCUGGCUUCUGCUGCACGGUUGGGGUGGACUGGAAGUCUCUCACCACCCCAGCCUGCCUACCACUCACAACAGACUACUUCCCGGAUAGGCAGAGCCUGCAGAAUGAUUACACCGAGGGCUGCUACGAUCUGCUGCCAGAGGCUGACUUAGACAGGUGAGAGAAUUAAGGGGAAGGAGUGAGGAAUUAUUGUGCCUGGAGUGCAAAGUCCCAACCUUGUAAAGUCUUAUUUAUCAUCCCUAAGGCAUUUGUGGACUGUUAUAACUCUGUAAGCUCUUCUAGUUUUUGUAAGUCAUAUAUACUAAUACAGUGUUUUGGAUAAAAUAUCACAAGAUCAUGUCAAAUGGAGCCUUGAGACUAUUUCAGACUUUAGUACUCAUACAAUGGAUGUUGUCUUUAUUUUAAGUAAAAUGCGAUUUUGGAUUUUUCUGCCUAGGCGUGAUGAUGAGGGAACACUUCACCCAAUGACAGCUCAGCAGGUUUUUGAAGAGUUUAUUUGCCAGCGUCUCAUGCAGGGAUAUCAAGUUAUUGUUCAGUCAAAACAUACAAAGACAAGCUCCACUUCACAACCUCCCUUAAGCAGCAGCCCCCUCUACAGGAGAGGUAUGGUUUACUCAAUCCAGAAAUGUUUUUUUUUAUUUAGAGGAUCUGCUGGUAUUAUUGGGCAUAUGUCAAUUUGAGCUCUGUCCUUAUCAGGCUUGGUGUACCGAAAUCGCCAUGAAGAGGAAAACCAGUAUUGGCUGAGCAUGGGACGAACUUUCCACAAAGUAACCUGCAAGGACAAGAUAAUUACAGUCACUAGAUACCUGCCAAAGUAAAGAAACCAUAAAAUGACUAUUAAGAAAUAUAAAAACAUUGUAGGGGAUAAUACUUAUGAGUAGUAGAGAGGUCUUCAUGGGUUGGGGUUCACUGGAAGGAGAAAAUAAUGUCUGCAUGUGAACUGUGGUGCUUGCCUAGAAAAACUAGAACAGUGGCUGUCUGCAAAGGACCACUGUGAAUUACUACCGGAGAAUUAGUGUACACUGAUUGUCUUCCCGGAGUGUCAUUGUGUUUUUCACAGUUAGAAGAUACAACUAAUAUUAUAUAUGCAUAUGAUAUUUGUUUUGCUUCUUCUUACAAGGUACCCGUAUGAAUCUGCCCAGAUAAGUUACAAUUACAACUUGUGCCCGUCACACUCUUCCUGUGACUUUGUGUGCAGCUGGGUGGAAUUUUCCCAUGAACGGCUGGAAGAUUACAAGUGGAACUAUCUAGAUCAAUACAUUUGUUCUGCUGGCUCAGAAGAUUUUAGGUAUGGGAAUUUAUUUGUACGUCAUCCGUUUUAGCUCUACAUAAUAGAAAACACAGAAGUCAUACACUUUAGAAAAAAAAAGAAAACACAUACAUUUACUCCUUUUAACCUCUGAAUCUGCAGUCUGAUUGAAUCCCUGAAGUUCUGGCGCACACGUUUCCUUCUACUGCCAUCCUGUGUAGGGCCCACUAAGCGAAUUACUGAAGGAGAGCAAAGAUGUGAUCUUUAUGGAGUUUGUCCACGGUCUGAACAAGAAGAGGGGCAGCUUCUGGAUGGCUUCCUUCGAUUUGUGGAGGGGUUAAAUCGUAUCCGCCGGCGUCACCGAUCUGACCGUAUGAUCAGGGUACUGGCAUUUCUGUGCCCACAACACUAGUAAUAAACUUCUCAUAUUAAUGACUUUCUAAUAUUGAAAUGUUGUGUUUCGUUCAUAGAAAGGAGCUGGUAUGAAGGGGUUACAGCUCCCCCCCCCUCAUCCAACGGAACUACCUGCACCUCCUAUUGGAAAGAAAGGAACCUCUGCCCUUUCAGCUCUGCUAGAGAUGGAAGCUAAUCAGAAGUAAGAGGUUCUUAGCUUUAUAAUACAUGUCACCUUUCUGCUGGAAGUAUACAAUGCAGAUUUGGUAACUGAGUGAGCCAUUAAUUUAUUUCCAGGGGUCUAGGAGAACAAGCAACUCUGGCUCAUUCGGGCAAGGUGUGCUCUCAGGCAGUGGACUCUGUUGUUACUCCCACCUAUGUCGAUAGCCCUCGUAAGGUAAGGAAUUUUUGCAGGUAGCAUUGUUUAUACGUGUGAUGUGAGCGUCUGACUUUUCCUCUCUUCAUACUCCUUUCUGCACUGUCACUUUCUCUCAGGAUUCUGCCUUCUUUGUGGAGUCUGUUCGUAGCCCUCGCACAGUGCCCUCCCUUAAUCCACAGGUCAGUGUUUUUAGGAGUUGCAUUGUGUCAAAUCUUGAAUGAGGGGAGGAUAAUUAUAUAUAUAUAUAUAUAUAUGUAUAUGUAUAUAUAUAUAUAUAUAACUUGUGAAGAGAAUAAAAUCAUUGUCAGGAAAUAAUAGAUUUGGAAAAAAAAUACAGUUUAUUUACUACUUCAAAAGAAAAACUUCUAUGGCAAACCUUUUUUUGUGUCUAUUUUAGAUUUUUAAAUUUCUGUUAUGUCUACUUCAUUUCGGGCAGGACACCCGAUCCGAGCUUAGUAGUUUGUGCUUGGCAGUAUUAUCAAGCUGUCUGCAGCUCAGGAUCAGAGGUAACAGGAUUUCAAACAGAAUCUCUUGAUUUUUGUCUCAAGUCGCCAGGAGCCAUUAAAAAGCACAUCCAGCCAUCUUGGAGGUCAGGCUGUUCCCCCAAGCAAGCACUUUUAAACAAAUAUACAAACCAAAAUAAAGCAAAAAAGACUUUGAAAAGUAUGAAAUAAAUAUUUAUAAACUUACUAUAAACUUGGUCAGAUUGCAUUAUUGGACACGCCUCUCAGCUAGGGGAGUUUAACACCUUACCCUCCCAUCUCCGUUUCAGACCAGUCCAAUAAUGACAGAAACAGUUCAGCAUAAUCAUUGUGCAAACCGUAAGCUCACCAAUCUCCAUGCAGGGACUAACACAGCAGGGAGAGAUAAACCCAACACAAAUAUACUUUCAAUCUCUUCAACUGUAAAUAUCCUAUCAGAGUAUUCUCAUUGAGCAGCCUCUGAAUCUGUGCGCCAGGUCAGCUUGUACAUGGACCUGCAUCUGGUCUGAGGUCUCUGGAGGCGAUAAAGACGCUGGCCUGCAGUCUAUGGGAAAGGAGGCAGGCUCGCUCAAUGAGAAAUCAACACUUUUAUAUUUAAAUUAUGGAACAGUCCUUGUGUUAGGUUCCCUGAGCUAACGGAAUGAGCGUUCUAUAAUUUAAUAGUAAAAUACUUUUAUAAACUGGGGUUAAUAUAGGAUACUCAUCAUCCAUAAAGCACUUAAGCAAGCUGAAGUGCAUUUUGGGAGUGGAGGGGAUCCUUAAAAGGCAUAAGGCUAAAUCUUGAGUACAAAAAAAAAAAAGCAAAAUGGCUAUGGGUGGUGUGAUAUGUAUGUAUUUUUUUUAUCCUGAUGGAAAAGCUUUUUCUGUGGCGAUUGCUGAUGGGAUUUACUGUUAUAGUUGUCUUUUUUACAGCUUGCCUAUUUGUUUGUAAAGGUCCACCUGUUUUAUCUGUCUUGCUCUUAAAGUUUCUUUCUGCUCUUUCUUCACCCCAUCUGUAUGUUUUAACUCAGGGACUUUAGCUCUACAAAAUCUAAAAAAAUAUAUAUUUAUAUAAUAAUUUCUUGCCAUGGAAGCUCCUCCUUUUCUGCAUCCUCUCUCUGUUAUUGUCUUAGACAUAUUCCCUUAGCAGUUCAUCUAUAGGAGCCAUCUUCAUGAUGUACUUGCGGGUGUUGUGUGUUUCAUCCGGGACUGUGGCCUUGACACUCAUCAAGCCCCAACUUCCUUCCUUAUGGCUGGUGUAAAGUGCUGGAUUUCAUGUGGAAUCCUCUAUGCAUAGUGAUUAGUUUCCAGGUCUUGAUAUCCAGGGUGUCCAGCUCUACUCUUGGCCAAGUUAUUAAUCCCGCUGAGUACAUGAUAAUUUAAAGGCAUAUGUAUUGAUGCACUGAAUCUCAUUCAUUGAGCUGAGACUUUAGGGCCUGACUGACUCUGUGGAGGUACUUGGAUAUUGCUGUCCUCCUUUCCUCUUCCUGUGGUUACUGUGUGUUUGUGGUAUCCCAAGGUACUUGUAGCUGUUUUCUACAUCUCCUAUUUGGCCUUCUGGCAUUGACUUGUUCAGUCCUGAUUAUAUUCCCUUUUAUUGCUAUCAUUGACCAACUCUCACCUAGCCCGAAUAACAUUCCCAUGUCCUUGUAGUGUAUCCUAGUACAAUUACAUACAUACAUUUCUGAAAAAAAUUAAGAGACCUCUCCAAUUAUUUCUUAAAUCAGUGUCUCUACAUGUAUGGCAGUUAUUCUAGCAUCUAUUCAAUUCCAACACAGACAAGCGUCAUUCUACUUAAUGAGGAAUUGAUUAGGUGAUCACCUGAACCAAAUCUUAUUUAGUGAAAAAAAAAGAUUUAAGGACUACUAUAGGCACCCAGACCACUUCAGCUCAAUGAAGUGGUCUGGGUGCCAGGUCCCCCUAGUUUUAACCGUCCAGCUGUGUUUACACUGCAGGGUUAAUCCAUCUUCUAGUGGCUGUCUCCCUGAUAGCCACUAGAGGCCACUCUAGCGAUUCACACUAAGUAAAUCGCACAUAUUUGACGCUGGACGUCCUCACGCAGUAAUGCUUUCCUAUGGGCGGGUUUGAAUGCGCGCGCCUCUCUUGCCACGCAUGCGCAUUCGGCUCCACUCGGUAGCUGACGUCGGUGGGGAAGGAGAUGUCACCAGCGCCGAAGGAGCCAGGCGCUGGAUUAAGGUAAGUGGCUGAAGGGGUCUUAACCCCUUCAGCACUGAGGGAGGGAGCCCCUCCAAAGCCUAUAGUGCCAGGAAAAUGGGUUUGUUUUCCUGGCACUAUAGGAUCCCUUUAAAAAAAACAAAAAACACUGCAGUGGUCAGCACUAUCCUUUCUCAAUAGGACCGGUCUGUGUAUAUAUACAUACAUACAAACAAUUAGUCAUUUCAGCAACACCCUAUUAACAUGCUUAUUUGUGUACAUAAAACCAAUUUGUGAUGCAUACACAUACACUGUCCCUUCUAUAUACUCUCUUACCCUUUAUCCUGCUAUUGUAGAUAUCUAUUGACCAAGGAGUUUCUCCUUUCGCUGAUGGAAACAACACUUUGCCAAACAAUGGCCUACCUGAAAGAGCACAGAGCCAACUAGGGAAUACUGGAGAGCAGAACUCAGUAUUAGCUGAGCCCAGGUGUGGACACACAAAAUAAUGCAUGUGUUCGGUUAGUGGAAUGAUGAGAUUCUAAUUUGUAUUCAUUAACUCCCUUUCUCUGUGUUAGCGUGCAGCAAGUAUCUGGUGGACCAAGCACUCUGACCUCCAGUGCCAGCCUGAGUGAGAUUCUGGAAGCGAUGAAACACCCAACGUAUGUAUUGUGGGAGCUAAAUGCAUUCAUUUAGGGCAGAUCUUCUGUGAUUUAACACUAUCGAUAAAUGCUGAUUAAGAGCACUGUACUAGAAUAGCUCACUGGUUCCACUGGUAUUAACUACAAGGAUAAAACCAAUUUAAUGGUUGACAAUCAGUGUCUGGCUGGAGUAAAGAAUGGAUUAAUGCAUGACUGACAGGGUCAGGGAAGUCUAAGUAGAAAAUGUAAGAACUAUGGCUGUAGACAUAGCGCUGCACAAUAAUAUUGUAAAUAGAUUGAUUGGCAUUUUGUGUUUGCACUUGAAGUGAUAUAACUAAUGAAUGAAAUGGUCGAUAGUGAGGUCCAUUUUGUAAGAUUAUUGAAUGUCUAUAUGAUGAAUAGCCAAAGUGCAAACAAGCAGAAGUUGUAUGAGUUGUGUUAUUUUGUUUCAUUUGUGUGCAGCACAGGUAUUCCCUUCCUGUCUGAGCAGAAGGGGCUGCCUUCCAGCUGCUUUAUAAGUGCAGAGGUAGUUCAUUGGCUGAUGAACAAUAUUCCCUGGGUGCAGAGUCAGCCGAUUGCCAUGGACAUCAUGCAGGUAAGAGUUCCUAUCGUAAUUUAGCCUUCAAUAUUAUGUCAGAGAACAGUUUGUUAAUCUCAGCUUCCUUCUGUGAUUUCCAGAAAAUGCUGGAUGAGCAGUACAUCACACAUGCUUCAGGUGAAGCCCUUAGGACAUUCAUCUAUGGAUUUUAUUUAUAUAGAAUACCACCUGAAAGGGACCCUGAACGUGGUGAGUCUCAUGUAUUCUGUUGAGUGGACUUAAAGCGGCACUGUCACGCCAUCCUGAAAAUUUAGUUUUUCAGAAAGAUAGAAUCUAUUAAAUACUCAUUAUGACUGUUUUGGAAUUUCGCUGAAAUUCCAACCCAGUAAAGUGAUAAAGAGAGACAAAGUAGGCACUACUUUGUCUCUGUAUUUCUCCUCCGCUUGACUUUUCUUGACACAAGGCGGAGCCUAAGUGUCAAUCCUUGCAGGGAAUUUGUUGUGUCUGUGGAGGAUACCGUAGUCUUGUGGGUUCCACCAUAGACCUCAAUGCUGUGCUCUUGCACAUGCACAUAAAUACAGCAGUGAUGCCAGUGCCAAGGAGGACCAAGAUGGCGGGGUCUGCGAAGGAAAGGUUUAGGUAAGUAAACCCACCUUUAUUUGCCAACUUCGCCAUCGGACCCCCAACGGCAAUGUUACCGCCAAAUCCCCUAAACGGCGAUAGUGCCGCUUUAAUCUGAAGACAUCAUUGUCAGUACGUAGAUUUACACUAUUGCCUCUGUUUUGGUUGUGUGUUUUGAUCUUUAUGAUGACUGUUAGCAACAUUUUAAGUGCACAUACCACUUCCAGGACAUCACAUUCUGUCCUCUGUAUGCAUGUAAUCCAUCUCUUUGUUUUUAGCAGCAACAAGCCUGGCACAACCAAGCCCCUGGCACUCCAUUGCCAUGGAGGAUUUUACAGCAUUCCAGCGGAAGUGGCUUGAAGUAGCGCUAGUGGAAGAGGAGCUCCUACAUUCAGAGAUACCGCCAUUCCUUCUGCCAUGGUUGCCCAGUCGCCCAGCCUCUUAUGCAAGUAGGCACAGCUCCUUUAGCCGCAGCUUCGGAGGAAGGAGCCAGGCCGCUGCGCUGCUAGGUAGCUCCCUGCCAGAGAGCAGGAGAGCUGAUGGAGAGCCCACUCCAAGAGAAUGAUCUCCCGUGGACCACACAUUGCUUUUUUGCCAUGUGGCACAGCCUUUUUUUCCACCAUGUUUCCAUUAAUUGCUAAAAAGAAAGGCAUUCUAAAAAAUACAAUAUUCAUAGUCUUGGUUGUUGGCCUAUAUAAACUACUUAGUGAGACACUCUCCAAAUUAAAAUGGUAAAUGUUAUCAAAUUGACCAAACAUGAAAAUAAUAGUGCAAAAGUAGUAUUAUCUCAGUGUCCUGUUGACCCUUGGAUUAGAGGGGUUGCAAAUGGACAUAACAAAUGAUGGGCGAGUGCAUUCACUGCUGUAUGUCCAGUACUUGUUAAAUUGAAUAACGCUUUAAAGGCAGCUCAUGUUCUUAUAUCCACUCCCCGGGAAACGUAAUUAGUGAUGGCUUAUGCCUCAUAAAGGUGAUUCUUCACAUAGCACCUUUUCCUAACCCACCAUACAUUUGACAGACUAAGAUCUGUAACAUCAUUAUGUCCAUGUGACCUCAUUAGUUCCUCUCUUGGCUCUGUCUGGCUGCAAUACAUCUCCAACAGCUCUUCUCCUGCUGGAUAUAUGUAACAUGCAUGCGAAACACUAAACUAGAGCCUGGAACAUGUUCUAUUACAUCUCCAUACCAUCCCACUCCUUCCACGAGUGUCUCUGGAUCUUUUUGAUUUGCAUGGAGUACUUUUGUAUCACUAUCUCAUUAAAUUCCUCAUCAGACUGAUAAUAUGUGGUGUCUCUGCAUUAGAUCAAUCUACUAAUGAUUUCAUAUCUCUGAUUCAUAUUUUUGCAUGCAUUUCACAAAUAGUGACUCUUCCCUUAGUUUAUAAAUUCCUUUUUGGUGUUACUUCUGAUCAUGGCUUCUUGGUUAAAUAUGGUAAUGGUUUCAUGAUGUAUUGUGUCUUAUAUGUCUGUUAUCUCUCUCAUUUGUCUGUACUCUUGGUAGCUGCCACUGUCCCAGAACAAAGAACAGUCACCCUAGAUGUGGAUUUUAAUAACCGUACUGACCGCUUGGAGUGGUGCAGCUGCUACUACCAUGGCAACUUCUCUCUGACCUCUGCCUUCGAGGUUAAACUACACUGGAUGGCAGCUACUGCUGCUGUAUUAUUUGAAAUGGUGGGGAACUUCUUGUAACAUCUGUCUCCUAAGCCUUGCCAACUCCUUGCAAACGUUUGUUGAUGCUUUUUGUCUCUCCUUACUGAUUGCCAGCCUACUCUGUCUUUGUUUUCAGGUUCAAGGCUGGCACAGGAAGGCCACGUCUUGUGGUUUUCUGCUUGUGCCUGUAUUGGAAGGUCCCUUUGCUCUCCCAAGCUAUCUGUAUGGAGACCCUUUACGUGCACAACUUUUCAUCCCCCUCAACAUAAGUUGUAUGAUAAAGCCUGACAGCGACCAUCUUUUUGAAGGUAUACCCGCUCCAUUAGGUAGAAUCAGAUGCAAGAGUUUGUUGGACUUUAACUACAUAAUACAAAUUGAUGGCUCAGACUAUGAGAAGGCAGCCUUUUAUUAUAAAUGCAGAGGAUUGUUUGUGAUUUAUUUUAGCUUCUUGUUUUAGGAUUUGAACCCGAGACUUAUUGGGAACGAAUGCACUUGUUACAGGAAGCAAUCGCCUACAGGUAAUUAUUUUCACCCUCCGAGUCUUGCUCCAAACUAAAUGUACACUUAAAAAAAAAAAAAUUUAUUCCAUUUUCUGAAUGAAAAUGUUGAUCCAUUUUCUUUUACACUUAGGUUUGGCUUCAUUCAGGAUAAAUAUUCAGCAUCUGCCUUCAACUUCUCAUCAGAGAAUAAACCCCAGUAUAUCCAUGUGACAGGUGAAUAUAAUUGCAGAACAGUGAUGUGUGCCAUCUUAACAAUAUGUUUUAUGUUGCUUCUAAUCUCCAUUUUCCCACCCUGUAGGUACUGUCUUUUUACAGCUCCCUUAUUCGAAGCGUAAAUAUACCUCAGGACAACAGAGGCGCAGGAGAAAUUCCACCAGUUCAUCUACUCAAAGCUUGUUUGGGGAUGACCGUAUUGGUUAUAACUGGGCCUACAAUACUAUGCUGACCAAAACAUGGCGCUCUAGCAGUACAGGUGAUGAGCGAUUUGCUGAUCGUCUGCUCAAAGACUUAACUGACUUCUGUGCCAACCGCGAUAACAGGCUGAGUGCCUUCUGGGCCAGCUGUGUAGAUAAGAUGAACAUGAGUGAACCAUAGGUAUGACAAUAACUUCAUGAUGCUGAACGUUCUUUUUGUGGAUCAUCUGUGGUGUGUGCUCUAAUAUUAAGUGUUCAUGGUCUACACUCGCUGAGGAUUUACAAAUGUGCCUUUUAUUGUGGACACUUGCUGCUAUCCCGCACCCUAUAUGUAUCACUGAAUGUGUUCCGUUUACCUGACCCUGGAAGUGGACAAUUUGCACUGACUAGACAUGCAUUUGUUACCAAGCUCUUAAUACCCUGCUGGGUUGAUACUGUGAAGAGUUGACUGAUGGAAAGCAAUAAAAAAGAUAUUGAAAAUUAUAAUUACAAGU